AUGAAUUCAAUUCCGUCGAUGGACAGACACAUACAGCAGACCAAUGAUCGUCUGCAGUGUAUCAAACAGGUGAGUGGUGAAAGGUGUCAGAUGUUCCAGGUCAUGAUUUAGGGCACAGUUUUAAUCCUUUGUCAUGAGUAUUAUCAGACUUUUUGUGCCGAGAUCUACACAUAAGCCAGGGGUGGUGCUAAGGGGUUCACCAUCCAGGUGUUGCUUUGUUCUUAAAGGGAUGUUCUGGUGUAAAAAUAAUAGAGGGUCAAACACACCGUAACACCGAGUUAGACAUCCCGUUGAGAGAUGAAUGUUGCCGUCGCUUGCUUCUCUAGUUAUAACAACUUUAGUAAUGACUACAGGAUAGCAAUACAAAGAGCCACGCGCUCAACCAAAACGCCACUCUAUAGCCACAAGUAAAGCUCAGAACAGCACCUAACUUCAUCAACAGUACAUAUAGGGUAAACUAAAGUUGUUCUAACUAGAGAAGCAAGCGUUCGGCAGCAUUUAUCUCUCGAGUGGGUGUCUAACUCAGUGUAAUGGUGUCUUUGACCCUAAAUUAAUUUUACGCCAGAAUAUUUCUUUAAGUUUACUGCUUUAGGGACAAUAGCAAAAACCAGCAGAUUCUGAUUAACAAUCAUGACACUUCCUGAUUGCAGCGUCUUAAAUUUGAAAUUUUACUGUUUUUCUUCGUCAUUUAUUUGAUUAGCAGCAAAAAGUUCAUAUCAAAAGUUUUUGCCAUUUGCUGCCGUGUUAAUCUUUUAAAGCUCCUGUGAGUAACUUUCAGUUUGAUUAAAUUUUGGUGCCCCCCUGUGGACAGUCUGUUUUGUGUCUUUGUAGACAAACAAAAACUCUCAUCCUUCUGACUUUUAACAGAAUUGAGAAGUACAAAAUGAAGAUCAACAAUUUCGUCACUGAUGGUCUUGUCUGCUUUUAAUAAUAAUAAUAACAAUAAUAAUAAUACAUACAUUUUAUUAUAACGCGCUUUUACAGGUGCUUUACAAUAAAGACGCUUUACAAAAAUAAACACAAUUGAAAGUACAGAAAAUUUUAAGUAAUAAGACUAACAAUGUAAAAGGUUGAAAAAGACACAUUAUCAAAAGACAAUAAAAGAACAGUUCACAGGUUUCACUUUUUUUAGCUACAUGAAAGCAUCAAAAUAAAAUCUACCCCAUUUCAUGGACAUUCAAAAAAAAUUCUCCUAGGAGCUUCAACAAUUAUCUGUUUGGUCAGCCUUUAAGUUGAUUAAUUUUCCAAUUUGUCCUCAAAAAUCCCAAAUUGUUGAUCCAGCUGAUUCAUGUUUUCUCAGUUAACAUGCGCACAGAUGUUCUGUCCAUGCAUGGUUGUCUCUGUGUUUGAAUCUUCGUCUCUCGAAGACAAAUUCAGACAUUUUUCUCCAGAGUGAAUCACCGUCCCCCCCGGCCCCUGUAAAGUGACAAAUCUGUUGGGUCUUUUUAUCAGGACUGUGGUGUGACUCAGGUUACUGACUGGGGUCAAAAGCGGAGACCCCCUCAUCCCCCCCUUCCCCCAUCAGCACCCUUCUUUCUCCCUCCACCACCGCUGACUCCCUGGGAGUCCUUUUGUUCUGCCCUGAACGGCGUUUACUCCGGGACGAAUCUCUGGCAGAAUUAAACAGACAUAGCUGGGUUACCCCGGGCUACAGGGCGCUCUCUCUUUGAUCUCUUUUCUUAACUGACGGCCCGUUUUGUUUUCUAAGGUCCAAAUCCUGAAGAAGAGCGCUUGUAAAGGCUUUUGGGACAACGCGCGGGGUUUACGCUCUGACACAAGUGUGGACGUGGCAAAUUGUUUUUUACCCUUGGCAGGGAGUUCCCGGCUAUUACUGAGAGAGAGAGAGAGACAAGGUGAGGCAGAUAGCAAGACAGGGUGAGUGUUUAGGGAGCAAACAGAGGGAAGAGACAGCCUUUGAUGUCCUUAAGUAAUAAGGAAGAGAGACGUAAACUCUCCUUGUUUUCAGUCUGGUUGCCGUCUUCGCAGCAGGACAUUAAAUAUUCAAUAUCCACUCCUCCUUGAGUUGUAUGGGAGAUGAAAUUGGAUUCCACUAAUGCUCUUUGUUGCUAAUAGCUGAUGAAUUAUUCUGUAAAGGGAGCUCUCAGAUCAAGAAAGAGGGGUUUGAACCUGUCUUCAACAAAGUGUAAACAAUUCAGAAGUCGCGGGUUAAAUGUUUUAACCCCGCGAGGCAAAAAUUUAAACAAACACCUCCCAAUGUUAGCAGCCGGGUGGAAGCAGCACAUGGGUAAACAUGCCAAUUAGAGAGAUCCAUGGCAUACAAGGAGGCCUCCAGUCCAUCUAAUAAAUGGUUAAGCACCGGGUCAUUUCAAACCCACCAGUAAGAGCCAGCACCCUGCUAAUAGAGGCAGCUUUGUGCCGCAGACAAUCAGGGUUUGGAAGGCCCCGCAUAAUAAAUACCAUUUAUGUCCUGCCAAUUAGACUAGCAGUGAGCCCAUUCAGCCGGCCGUCUAUUCUCCUCCCCGCACACAAAGAUGAUCAUCAGGGGAGAUCAGAACAAUUAACUCACUAUCUUCUCCCCCUGCUCCCCAUUGUCCAAUAUCCAAGCCAUUAAAAUAAUUAAGGAAAUAUUGUAAACCAAUCCAGCUGUUUGCUUUAAUUGAAAGUGUGCACAUGCUGAAAUUUGGCAUCGAGUGGACAUGAAGCAGGAAUAUAAAUGAAGCCUACUCCAUUGUGUUUGUUGUUUUCUGGAAGAUGUGACAUGUCUGUCUGAAUACUCCCAGCCAGAGCAGCGGACAGGGGAACAAAUUGAUUUUGUUGCUGAAAUGAUAAAUUACUACAGAGCGAGAAGAUAAAGUAGAGGAAAUUGGAAUCUGUCAGCCUGAUUGAAGCAUGGGACGAAAGUUAAAUCUGGAAUCAUUAAGGUGGUAAUUUUUCUAUUACCAUAUUGUGCUGUAAUUGCUGUUAUUUGAUUUAUAAACAAUAACUGAACCGUAAUAUCAGUUUUAUUUCACUCAAAACAUAAAUUUUGUUAAUAGUGCGUUGAUACAAAACUAACUCCCAAAUGCUGAGUUAUUAAUUUAGUUUCUAUUUGAACUUAUUAGAAAUAAUUAUUAUUAUUCUCGUGCUUUUAGUGUCAUAUUUAAGAGGACAGAACAAAAACUGAAGAGAGAGAAUUGGAGAUGAUGUAGAGCAAAGUAUUGUGGGUAGGCAGCUCACUCUUAGGACUGCUGUUUAUGGGGUAUGCUGAGCUAAACCAGCAUCCUCUUGUGUAUUAAUUUUACCCCCUUAUUUAUACUCAUACUGAUUUAUUAAAGCUCCUGUGAGGUGUUUAUUUACAUUUAUGAAAUAGAUUUGUUUUGCUCCCCUUUUUUAUGACGUCCAAAAGCAAACAAGUCCCUUUUAGUGCCUGUAACUCGUACCAAAGGAGGUAGGUGUUGGCUGAGCAGCCUUGUUUCUUACAGUUUCCAGAAAAAUAUUCAUUUUAUAUGAUACAUUUGAUUGUGAAAAGAGGGCAGGAUGAGAUUCUUUGUCAAAAGAGUCGACCAAGAAGAGCAAAGACCGCUUUGACCACCAGGGGCUCCAAAAUUGACACAAAUCAAGAGUUCCUUGCAGGUGCUUUAAGUAAAAUAUGUCAAACAAAAACUUUACAAGUGAAUAGGUGGGUGGAUUUGUUGAAUUUUCGGAGAGCCUAACUGAUCUUGAUUAUUAUGGACAAAUACUGCUAUUGUAGGGUGACCAUACGUCCUCUUUCACCCGGACAUGUCCUCUUUUUGGGGGGUUGUCCGGGCUUGUCUGGCUUUGUCAGGGGAAGUUUAUAAAAUCCUCCAAAUGUCCGCGGUUUUGUACGAGAGUUUCAAUUUUGUGUCACGUGGACUUACUUUGUUAGAAGCACAUAAAAAACACUUGAUCCGACCUGAAAAACUCUCAGAAUUAACUUCUUGCGACUCUGUUACUCCGCCUCCGCGUAGUCGUGUCCUCUAUUUGGGAAGUCAAAAUGUUGCCAUUCUAUGCUAUUGAUUUUAAAGCUACUGUAAUGGACUUUCAGCUCAUGUUAACUUUGUCGCCCCCUCUGGACAAAAGUGCACAUCCUUUUUUCCAUAUAGCUUGAAUUGUGAUGAGCACAUCUCUUAUUGUGAAUAUUUGAUGGUGAAAGUUGAAUAAAAGGCUGUUUUUUUCUGGUCUUUUUCACCUGGUCUGACACCUGUCCACAUGCAUUAGUUACAGACAUUCAAAAUCACAGUAUAAAUAUUUGUAAUUGUAAUUUUGAUGGUCUCCUUUGCCUUUAAAUUUCAUAAUGAGACUAACUAUUAAAUUCACUCUGUUGCUUGAAUGUUAAAAACUCCUUACUGGAGCUUUAAAAGGGAAAAACCUCUUAAGUUAAUAACUCAGAAAUACACAAACUCUUUUUAUCUGUGCAGGUGGUGCGCAAUGUCUCAAGGGAUCCCAUUUUUGAACAAUGACAGAACAAAAUAAAUAUGUUCACUUGUUUAACCUCCAUACAAACAGAGAUGCUUAAAAAACUGGUACAAAAAAAAGCACUUAUCUGAUUCCAACCCAAACUCGCAGUGUCUCAGUGGCAGUUUGUUUCCUCCUCUCGCCCUGGAAUUGCACCGUUGUGAGCACUUUGGGAGGAGAUGGGCUCAGUGAUACUGUGGGUAUCUAUUUCAGAGAGAGUCGUUUUCCUCUCACCGUGGGGAAGCCAGUUUGCUGUCAGACUCUCCACUCGGUGAAAUGUACAAGGUUUUUCGGCGGAAACUAUGAACUCUCCUCUCGCUGCAGGAGCACUUCCUCACACUGUAGGCGUCAAUAUUUCAAGAUAAAGUAGAAAACAACCCUGUGCUGCUGUUGCUGCUGCACUGCACGGCUACGCAGCUGUUUUUGUGGUCUUUCCUGCGUUAAUUGUCUGCAUUUGUGUUGUUUAGUGCUUUAGGGUGUCCCUGAAUGUGGAGCGACAACAUCAUCACAAACAAAAGCAGUGAUUAUGAAAUCGGAGGGUCUUUUACGGAUCGUGUGCGCUGUCACAGUCAGUUAAGCUGCAGAUGUGCAGAUGAAGUCAUUUCCAGACGUGACUGCAGAGCAUGAUUAUAUCUGAGGAAAGCUGUAUUCUCUGGACACUGCGUCUCCUGUCCAUCUUUGUUUCCCUCCAACCGAACUGAGCUUUGACUGGAGCGUGAUUGUUGGAGGACUUUCUCACCCAGGGGGACGAGGAUAGAGCGUGGGGGAGUGAGGGGUCUCUUGGCUACUAGUUUAGGUUUGAUUGGUGGUUUUUGGCCGGAGAAGGGGUAACAUCUGUGAUGUGGCAGUGCCAAGCUCUCCAUGUGACAGCCACACUGGUGGGACCAAUUGUUCUGAGAGCAGAGAACAGUAAUCACUUCAAGCCCAAGUGUUGGUGCUGUGUGUUUUUUCCCUCCCCCCUCCUCCUCAUAUUCUCCCUCCUCCCCCCUUUCCAUCCUUGGUGCACUGAUUGCGUGUGUUGUCUAGCUUCCAGACUCAUCUAAAUUUAGCAUCUGUGAAUGUGUGCGCUUCUCCAGGAGACUUUAUCCACCACCAGAAAUUAACAUCCUCUGUGAGCACCUACCGCGUCUCCCUCAACAAAGAUGCGCUGAGAACAGUCUCGGACAGAACAUAAAAUAAACAAGGCGUGUUUCAUCCUGCUCUUGUCAAACACUGGCUUUGUAAAUUGAUAUGAAAGCUGCCUUAUCAAAUCCUGACCUCUGCUGCCCCCUAAAGAGCAAACUAUAAACAAGCACUUUGAGGCAGAGCUGUCUCCUCUUCUUCUCUUCUCUCAGACUGUGAAAUCAAAGCACCCAGACGUGUUAAGAAAGCAGCCGUUCACUUUCAGCUGACAAACCUCUCUAUUUACCUUUCAUGCUGUGGAGAGGGGGUCCGUUUGUUCCUGGUUUGUUCGCCGCAAAAGCUUGUGUGCAUUAUCUCCUCAAAGGCAGUGGAUUUACUACAAAGCUGAGGUGAUGUGUCUGCUCCUUUAUGGAUGAAAUAAUUCAUAUGGAGAAGAAAUGACCAACAGGGAGUCCGCUUUUGAGACCCAGAAUGGUCCAUUUUUCAGUUUCCUGUGCUGCUCUAAAGCAUGACAGACAACAGGGCUUGUGAGUGUGCUGCCGGUGCUCUGUUGUAAGAAUGAAUGCCAUAAAGGGGUGCCUGUAGGUCAAGGAGCCUGUUGUCAGAUAAAGUCACAGCACAGCUCAGGGUCGGCUGCUGAAAUAAGGCCUUCCUCAGCCAUUCAUGCAGCCAUACAGGGAGAUUUAUUACACAGAGCCAAGGUGGUGCUACAGAAACCUGGGGAGAGUGGAGCACACGCCUUUGGGGGACAGACCCUUUAGCUCUGGGCGUUAAGACUUAUCAUCCCAUCAAAUAAGGCUUCAAAUUUAAUAGAUUACUCUGAUAAGAUACAUUUUAAAAAAGUGCUGUUUCUUAUAUGAACAUUCAUGUUAAUUCAGCCAUUUUUAUUUUUUUGGAUGUAAAACGUAAUUAUUCUUCUUAAAGAUUGACCUUAAACAACUUUUUGAAUUUUUUAGUUAUUUUGUUUAGAUGCAUAUAUUAGCUGUCAAAUGAAACGAUAUGAGGUGAGAACACGGUAUAAGAUAAUAGGAAAAGACACAGUGAGACAGGACAUGAUACGAUACAAUACAAUAUGAUACACCAUGAUAUUAUAUGAUACAGUACACUCACAUACUAUGCGGUACACUAUGAUGUGAUACAAUAUGAUACAAUACAUCAUAAUACAAUGUGAUACACUAUGAUACUCUGCGAUACACUAUGAUAUGAUACGAUAUGAUACAUCAUGAUAUUAUAUGAUACGAUACAUCAUGAUAUGAUAUGAUAUGAUAUGAUAUGAUACACCGUGAUAGGAUACAAUACGAUACACCGUGGUACACACUGCGGUACAAUAUGAUACAAUACAUCUUGAUACAAUACGAUACACUAUGAUGCACUAUGAUAUGAUACGAGACGAUACACCAUGAUAUGAUAUGAUAUGAUAUGAUAUGAUAUGAUACACCAUAAAAGGAUACAAUACGAUACACCAUGAUAUGAUAUGAUAUGAUACACCAUGAUAGGAUACAAUACGAUACACCGUGAUACACACUGCGGUACAAUAUGAUACACUAUGAUGCGCUAUGAUAUGAUACGAGACGAUACACCAUGAUAUGAUAUGAUAUGAUAUGAUACACCAUGAUAGGAUACGAUAUGAUACACUGUGAUACACACUACGAUACAAUAUGAUACACCCUGAUAUAUGAUACAAUACGAUACAAUACACCAUGAUAUAUGGUAUGAUAUGAUACGAGACACUAUGAUACAAACAAUAUGAUGAAAUAUGAUACUCUAUGGUAUGAUACAAUGCAAUACAAUACGAUACAGUAUGAUAUGAUACAAUACGAUUCAAUACACCAUGAUAUGAUAUGAUAUGAUACGAUAUGAUACACUAUGGUACAAUUCAACAGGAAUUAUUGCAUUAAACACUUGACUUUGGUUUGGCUCACUGAGGUGAUGAGUAUUUACUUCUUGUCUCUUUAGUGUUUUUUAUUUUUCAGUUGUGAGUAGUUUUAUUUUAUUAUUUUUUCUAAUAGUCGAAUGCAUUAUUUCUAAAAAUCUGUACCACACAAAAUUUUAAAACAGGCUUUUUUUUUGCAGUUAAACUAACACUGACUCUGCUGCAGUAUUUUCAAGGAUUAUUAAUAAUUAUUCCGUAAUAUUUGAAUUGUUCCAGAUGGUCUUGUUUGAAUUUGUAGACUACAUCGAGGUCUCAGUAUUAAUCUCAGCAUAUUUGAUAACCAACUGGAAACCUCUUACAGGAGUUUUAACUUUUUCUUGCAUCACCUUUAUUCCUUAUUACCAUGGGAAGUCAUGAAGUAAUGACUCAGCAAGAGAAAUCAGAUCACCAUUUUUUUUUUAUUUGCAAUAUCAACAUUUGAUGUCCAAGUAUUACUAGUCGUGUCAUACAUCAGGACAACAUAAACCAACAGGAUUUAUAUUUUUUUAACUCCUAUGCAAAAUAAAAACAGAUGUAAUGAAAACAUUAUUCUGAUGUAAUUAUUUUAGAUUUUCUUUCCAACCUUUGAAAUAACUUUAAACUUCCCUUUCUUCCUCUCCAGCACUUACAAAAUCCAGCAAAUUUCCAAACAGCAGCGACCGAGUUACUGGACUGGUGUGGUGACCCCCGAGCCUUCCAGCGCCCCUUUGAGCAAAGCCUGAUGGGAUGCCUCACGGUGAGCAUUGCGUUUGUGAUCCUCUACUGCAGUCUCAGACUAAAGGGUUCAAGGACAACGAAAGCACUGCAAAAACAACUGCUGCAUUGGCUCUUUCCAUCGCUCCCUCUGGGACACGAGGGAACUAGUGUUUAGCUGCUUGAUCUUCACUAAGGUCAGAGCAAAAUAAAACGUAGUUCACUUUGUUGAAGCUACCAUGGAUCAGUCACCUUUCAGUGACUUCAGUAACAGUUUGUGCUGUGGCUCAUGAAAUCGGCACACUGGAACAGAAAAAGGAGAGCAAUAACGUCCUCAAACCACAAAGCAAUCAGUGCUUACAGGAAAAUACACAAUACACAAAGCCCUUUAUUCCCUUUCUGCAACGCCGGGGGGCUUUUUGAGUAAUUGAAUAAUUAGUAUCCCAUGACAUUUGAAAAAAAAAAGGCUUGACUUUUUAGAGUCGGUUACAGUAAACAAAGAUUGAGUUAGGCCUAGAAGACGAUCAUGACUUUUAACUGUGAAAUGAUUUGUACGGUUUGAGUGAGGUGGAAACAUUACACAAAACCCUAAAGAGAGGGAUUACUUUACCUUUUGAGACUAUAUUUCAAUGGGAUUUGUCACAAAAAAUAUCUUAUUAAUGAGCUUCUAACUUUGAAAACCCUAAUAAAAAAACAGUAAGUAAUAAAAGUUUAUGGGCAGAGGCAAAGACACAGAACAUCUGAGUAGAACAGUAGAUGGUCUGUAGACAUGUCACUCGCCUGUCACCCUAGGCCAUAAUGUGCUUUAACAUGCACAUUUCCAUACUGCCUGCAGCAGUAGAUAAGAGAUCCAUAUACCUCUUGUUGGAUGCAAUUUGUGACCCCGCCAAGUAAGCUUGUCCACGGAAAGCAAAGGAACCUGAGAGAUUUGUACUUGAGCGCCACAGUGAAACCGCUGUGACACAUCCUUCCACUCAAGUGAUUGUUUGUGUUACUGCUUUAAUGUGCAGCAGCAGGUGCCUUUUCCUCCAUUUCGCCAAUUCAAUUUGUUUCCUGCCGUGAAAAUCUCAAGGCUUUCCCUUUUAGUUUAUGGGCUGUAGAGACCGUUGCGUGAGCCACAAGGGGAGGGAGCACAGAGAAUUUGAUGUGAUUGUAAAAUUACUCGGCCUCAGACUGUAAUGGUAAACACUUCACUCUGCUGCCUGCACAGUGGUGAUGUUUCAUUUUGCCAGACAGGACAAAAAGUCAAGAAACCGUAGAUUUAAAACCAAGUAGUUGACCUAACAAAACUUAGUAUUUGGUCUGAUUUACUACUUUCUGCAUCUAAUCACCCUGUUGUAUUGUAUCUGAAGUGAAGAGCAAAUACAUUUAGGCCACAUUUAAAGUUCAAGUGAGUAACUUUCAGCUUGUGUCAAUUGUGGCGCCCCCUGUGGAUUAAGCAGGCUUUGCUUAUACUGUUAGUUGCACGUUGAAGUUGUUACUUUUGACAAAAAACUUUAUCUCGCUAACUUUUGACAGUCAAAUUUUAGGGGCUGUAAAAACAGGGCUGUUUCUCCGGCUGCUCAGAUAUUGAAAAUCACAAAAAAAUUAUAAUAAUUGUCAGUCUUUUGGUUGAAAAGGUGUCACCAUGAAUUUGAGUCUAUUUUUAUAAACAUAAAAAAGUCUGCAGGAGCUUUAAGUUACCAAGUCUUUAUACCAUUGAGCAUAUUUUUGGUCUGAAAGAGGUCUGAUAGAUGUCUAAAUGUAGCCUUGACAACUGGUCUAAAAUCAGGCUACCUAAAAUUUUUUUUAGACAUCUAGAUUUAGACCAAGUUUGGACCAAGUCUAAAUCUGGGAUUUAUCUAUACUACGCUGUGUAUUGGUCAACGGCUAUCAUAAUUAUAUUGUUUAAGUACGUUGAGAUCAGUUUUGCAACUCACAGUUACUUUUUGAAAUAAAUAGUUAUAGAAUAAUGGAUUAAAGUGCAACAUCUAAAUUCAGUCUAAAAAUAUACAGAAUCUAGAUGGUUAAAAUUAGGUCUAAAGAAAACUAGAUGUCUAAUAGCCGUCUAUUGCUAAGUGGGAUAGUCUUAGUUAUAACAAUUAUGUUGAAUCAAUUACAAAGAAAGAUAUAUUAAAUAUAAUACAAUCACUAAAUAAAAAGUCUUUCUUUAAAUGCAAAGAAGCAGGAGACUCCACGUCCUUUUCAAACUAAAAUCAGAUGCUGUUUUCUUAAUACAUUUCUAACUUAAAGCUCUAAAAUUUAAUUGAGCCCAGCCCACUGUACAUAUACUUGAAAAUCCACCACCGCAACUCCCUGGACCGUGCACAACCUAAGUCCUGAAAUUAUAACCACUUGUUGUGACUGCUAACACUAGAAUUACCAUUUAGCAAAAUAUCCCUCACAAGUUUAGAUUCUAAUUAGACACCGUAAGCGCGUAUAUCUUUUUCUUAAUGGGGGAUUCCUAUAAAUAAAGGCCAGAUAUAUCCAUACUCUGUUUUGGUGUCAGUUCAGGACUAUACUUACUGAAGAUAAUGACAUGGUGCGGGGAGCUGUGUUCAGCUGUUCUACCCCGGGGCUUGUCUUGAACUCCAGAGUCUGACAGCAGGAUUGAGGCAGAAACCCAAGCAGGAAGAAGAAUCUGUGAGGCAUGUUGGUCCACACAGGCCUCAGUAUGUCCUUAAGGUCGACAUGGUCUUGGCGGGCCUCUUUGAGAUGGUAAUGGUGUCGGUAAAUCACAGUAACGUGUGCUGCACAGGGCUGAUUUACAUGCUCCUCUUGUGGCUUUCUCUUGAUGUUACUUCUCAGAAGGCUCCGCCACACUUGAGGCCACAUUUUCUCCUCAUCUGACUUUACAUCAGCUCAGAUGGAACUGAUAAACUUGUUGAGACUUCAUCCUCAGUGUUAAACUGGGUCUUUCAUGAGUUCAGUUAAAAGGAUGAGCCUCAAUAUAGCGUUUCCAGUUAAGUAAUGUAUGGAUAUAAUGAUGCAUCCUCAAAACUUUGAACUUCAGAGUAUUAAAAAUAUUCUUAGAGCUGAUUUUCUCUGCUGUGUUUCUCAAAAACUUAAUUACAAAGUUCAGAGCAUAUUUUUUAAAAAGACUCUUCUCAUGAGACUAGUAGAAGUUGAGAGCUUUGGUGGAGUUCAUGUUUAGUUGAACUAUUAUUAUUUCAUCUACUUGUACAUUGAUCAAUUCAAGCCCAUUUAUCCCACAGUGGACUGAGUUUCAUUACAUGAAUGCCAAUUAAUGUUCCUUUCUUAAAAUCAAAAAGGGCUCUUAAAAAGGACUGUGCAGCCUUGGAACAGUCAUGAACUUUUGUGGACUCUUUAUACUCGUCUCUAUUGUGGAAUUAAUAAAGACAUCGGCAUUUUUGUGACCUUCUUAUAAGGACUAAAUAUUGAGUAAGCUCGAACAAGAUAAAAGUUGAGCUGAUAAAACCAUCCAAAAGCAUGAUAUGAAAAGACUCAUAUUCUUCUAAGAUAAAAUUAUCUAAUUAGUGAAUAUAGAGGAUGUAAAUGUUAACAAAGUGUUCCUUUUGUAACAUUGGUUUUAUAUGAUUUAUACUAAAGAGGAUUGGGGCCACAAGAAGAGAAAAAAUAAUUACAGGAAGGGGAUUUUCGAGAUUUAAGUUAAAUUUUGGAGACUAGAGUUUUUUAAAAAGUCGAAAUUUUGACUUUAUUCAUGUCAACUUGAAUCUCGAAAUUUUGACUUUAAUCUAAAAAUUGUAAUUUUUAUAAUCGCAAAAUUUUUACAUUAUUCACGACAUUUUGUAAUCUCGAAAUUUCAACUUUAUGAAUGUUGACUUAAAUCUCGAAAUUUUGACUUUAAUCUCAAAUUUUUCUUUUUUUAAUCUCGAAAUUUUGACUUUAUUGACAUAAUUUCAAUUUUUUUAAUCUCGAAAUUUUGACGUUAGUCUCGAAAUUUCGGCUUCAAUCUCCUUCCUGUUAAUGAUUUUUUUUCAGGUGGCCCUAAUCCUCUUUUGUAGAUUUCUGACAUCUCCUUUAUAUUUUAAAGAAAUAUAUCUGUCUACUAAAUAGGGAUGUCUACAAAAUAAAUGUCAACCUCCUGAGUGGUGCAAGAAUUAUUAACAAAUGGUUGAACAAAUUGCUGAUUUUUUAAAAUAUUUGUAGGCCUGAAAUUUAAUGUAAGUUUUGUGUAGCUCUUGUUAAUGCUACUGCCAUAAUGCUACACUGCUCUACUUCCUAGAAAUACAAGCACAGAUAUACACAAUAUAGUAUCAUAUAUCUAGUUACUGAUUGUCUUAUUUUCUUUCUGAUAUCAUAAAAAAGCCUCACUAUGAGUUUCUAUCCAUUUCAUUCACGUCAAAAAACUCCUCACUGGAGCUUUAACUGUUAAAAAUUCUUUGUCUUCUCGUUGUUGCCUGAGCUGAAAUGAACCUAGACCUUGAUACGAUCUGCAGUUGUCAUGACUGUUAAAUCCAUCUCUGUGUUCAGGUGGUCAGCCGUGUAGCGGCCCAGCAGGGCUACGACUUGGACCUGGGCUACCGGCUUCUGGCUGUGUGUGCUGCCAACAGAGACAAGUUCACUCCAAAAUCAGCAGGUAAGACCAGAGUUUUCUCAACCAGUGUUUCAAGCCAUCUGGCCAUGCUGGUCCGUCUGGGCUGAAAGUUUUUGGCUCUGUUUCACAAUACAGCCAUAAACACUUCGUAGUAGACUUCAUAAGAUCCCGACAUUCCAGGAAAAUACUUUCUAACGAACUGCUUGGACUUCAUAGCGGGGUUAUUCUGUUAUUUGAAGUGGAUUUUUGCGCAGAAGAAAGAAAAAAACACCUUGGAUUAGUUUUUCUUCUCUACAUGAUGAAGAGUUUGUCUUCUACAAAAAGAGCUGCAGAGAAUAACUUUUCUUUUAAAUAUAAAACUCUAUUAUCUGCGUGAACUUCGACUUCCUCAGAGCUGCAGCUGGAUUAUGUUUCUCCUCCAGAGUUUUAGACUGAGUGUGCACAGCAGCUAUACCCAUUUAUCACCGACAACCACAAACUUCUGUAUCAGAGAUGAUGAGUUCCUGUUUUCACACAGAACAGUCACAUCGGUGCGGUGAUGGAUUAUUGGGACAGAUGUAUACUGCUAAAUGUUGUUAUCAAGCUGGUGAAAAAGCAUGCCGAAGCUCGACAGGAAUGAAGACGUAUAGGCUGUCAGGGGCUCGGCAGAUAACAGGAAUAUUUCGUGCUCCUUUACAGGUUUUGAUUUGUGGUUUCCACCUGUCUUUGGUUACAGCGGGGUUGUGCAAUUGCUUCUGUGCGCUUAAGUCGACUUGGACAUUAAAUCCAGAGCCACAUAUUGUUUGAAUUUUCACUCGUGUUUGCCUCUUUUUGAUUUACGGCAGCUGGGGUUUUAUAUCUUGGGUAAUAUGAGGCUUCAAAUCAUGCAGUGUCACUCUAAUGUCAGCCAUGGGAGGAGGAAUCAUUCUCUGCCUGCAAUUAACCGGCUCUGCCAAAUGUUCUAAUUCUACUUAAUGCUAAAUCAAAUCUCAGGCCCUACUUUAUGGGCUUAGAUAAGAUUGCCAAUUGAUUCCCUGUCUGAAUAAUUUCCUGCCACAGUAGUCUUUUGGAAACAAGUGCUUGAGUCCAGGCAACAUCCCAAAGUGCAUUUCAUGGACAAUUAUCUACCUGUAUAUGCAUGAAUAUUUCGAGAGGAGAUGCCCAGAGAAAGAGAGGGGAGUCUAUAGAAACCACAGAGGAGGCAUUCUCCUGCAAAGAUCUCUCAAGUGGAGGCCCCAGCCAAGUAUGAUGAGACCGAGAGCGCUCUCUGGCUCCUAAACGACGCUCCCACAGGGCCUCUCAGGAAGGGCCCGGUCCCCUGAUUUCCAGUGGGGCCAUUGCCCAGUUUAUGGGGAAAGGAGAGUCACAUGACAGAGAGCUGGGAUCGCAGAAGCGGGUCAGCCGGCCAACUCCGCAAACAGAUGAGGCACUGUUUGGUGUUCGCAGAGGAGAACAAAUCUAAGAUGCUGGAUUAAGUUUUGUUGGAGAUGAAUUGAUUGUUGUGUUUGUUGAACGCGGCUUCCUGGGCACAAAAGUGCAUCAAGCCAAACAUGUUAGUUUUUCAAGAUGUGAUCAGAAACUUCCAAAAGUUCAGUUUGUACCGUUUUAAGGGGUGGGAGAAAAAUCGAUACAGCAUAGUAUCGCGAUAUUUUCUCUGGUGAUAUAUCGUAUAGUAUUGUAUUGUAUCGUAUUGUAUUAUCGUAUUGUAUCGUAUCAUAUCGUAUCGUAUCGUAUCAUAUCGUAUUGUAUCGUAUCGUAUUGUAUUGUAUCAUAUCGUAUUGUAUCAUAUUGUAUUGUAUCAUAUUGUAUUGUAUCGUAUCGUAUUGUAUCGUAUCGUAUCGUAUUGUAUUGUAUUGUAUCGUAUUGUAUCGUAUCGUAUUGUAUCGUAUUGUAUCGUAUCGUAUUGUAUCAUAUUGUAUCGUAUCGUAUCAUAUUGUAUCGUAUCGUAUUGUAUCGUAUUGUAUCGUAUUGUAUCGUCUCGUUUCGUUUACCAAGUAUCGUUUUUUUUUUUUUUAUGAAUUGUUAAUAUGAAGUCAAAUCUAUGAUGACAGAAAAAUAAAAUCAACUGUUUGCCCACUGAGGUUGGCAGGAGCGACAUCAUAGAGGAGGAGAAAGUUAGUGCAACAAAUCUAUAUAUAAGGUUUGCAAGAUGUGCUUCAUGAAAAUAAAAUAUUGUUUGAAUAAGACAAACAUAAAGGAAAGCUCACUGUAUCGCAAAAUGUUAAAAAUCACAAUAAUAUCGUAUCGUGGCCACAAUAAUAUCGUAUCAUGGUCCAAGUAUCGCGAUAAUAUCGUAUCGUGGAGCCACUAGUGAUUCCCACCCCUAACUGUCUUCACAAGCUAACAUAUUGCAUUCACCUGAUCUUAGUUGAACGUGUGUAUUAAAGGAGAGUAGGAUCUAUGUAGGUUACAAUCAGGGCUGUCUGCAGAGCACAUUUGGUCAAUGGAUCAGCGCUUACAAGUAAAUCAGAUUAGAUGUCCUGUUUUAACUUGUCUUGGCCCUGCUGAGUGGCUCAAUCGUGCUCUAUUACAUUUCUCUCAAGUCAUCCAAACUAUGAUUGUGAACAUGGGAGAAAACUGAGAGGGAAAUUGUGCUGAGAGGUGAGCAGAGCUGACUUCAGCAGCAGGAAAAUCGAUGUUCACAGUCAACAUCGGGCUGAAACAGGUCGUAGCUUUGACGGAUUGAUUCUUCAUGAAAUGCCUUUAACAGUUGGAGACAUUAGUUGUUAAAUUUUGUGCUUCAGAGGGCAAAAAAAUCUCAGAAACCGAUCUUGAUCUAAAUAGACAUCAGCGAAAUGUUGGUUCUCACUGUAAAACUUCAUUAUCUCCUCUUAUUGAUUUUAUCAGUAACAUAUGUACCUGACUUUCUGCAGGGUUUGGAGGUUCGGAUAACAUCUGAUGUGUCUGCUGUGUUUUAAAUGCCUCGUCAGCAGACUGGAAAUGAAAAAUGAACCCUUAAAUAGAUGUGCUCAGGGGGCUUGGCCGGUUGUAGUCCUUUUGCCUUUUAUGCCUGGGUCCACAAUGCUCGGGUUUAGCCGGGGGGAGGGGCGUCUGUCUGCUAGUGACCUCUUUGUGAAUGAGAUUAGCCCGCUCUAUUAAUCUGUGACUACUCGGACUGUCUUACCGCGGGAGCAAAGUCGCGCACGUGAAGCCGUGGUGACAUCAAAGCAGGGCGAUCACUUCACUCUGAGUGGAUAAACUCAUCAGGCUUCCCCCCUCUCACGUUCCCGGGUACUUUAUAAACCCUGUUAUUAAACCUGUGUCAUCACUGAGCAGGAUCUCGGUGGUUCGACAAAGUGCUUAAUCACAAUUCUUCCUCCACAUUCCCAAUUGAUCUCGCCUCAGCAAACUCCUGGAAUUCCUCAGCUUGAAACAGUGAAAGGACGCACCGGCUCAUAAAAGAGGAGGGGGUUUGUUGAAGGUUUUUCAGCCCCUGAGUCGUUUAUUCUCUCACGUAACAAACGCUUGGUGAACCAGCCAUUCAGCAGAUAAUUAGUUGGGCUUCAGCUCCUGUUCUGUUUGGCCACUUUGUCUCACACAUGUUUUACACAUGCAGGUUUGAAGAGUGGGUAUCAGGGGAUUUAAAGGGUUAUUACACUCAGAAACAGCUUCCAUCAUAUGUGUUUCUUGUUUGGUUUGUUUUAAUGGUGUUGGUUGAUACUUUUUGAGUCUAAAUUGUUUAAGUGAUCAUGAGGAGGUAGAUGCCAGUGUGUGAGGGUGUGAGACCAUUUUCCUCUUUAUGAGUUGACCAUCAGACAUGACUGCUACAUUGCUGACCAAUCAUCAGAACUGAUCCCAGAUGAGAGGGAAAUAGGAGCGGUGCUGAAUAACACCUGAUAAGAAGAUUGUGAUAUUGAGUGGCGAUUUUGUUUGUCUAUGCCCAAGACUUUUGCUUGAGCAAAGAGCUCUCAUUAGUCAGCAUCACUGAUGUGACAGGACGAGGGCUGCCAAGAGUAGUCGACUAGUCACAACGUCAAAAUCGUUGGUGAUUGAUUUAAUCAUUGACAUCAUUGUAUCUUCCAUUAUUUGUCUAUCUGUCCUUGACGCACAUGCACAAUAGUGAUAAUCCGUAUCAGCAGUGAUGUCUCCAGAAAAGUUACGCCCAAACAAAAUCAUGGCUAGCCGGCAAAGGAGCUCUUGAACUUGCCUUCCAUGGCAGCACGACAGCAAUGCACAAGCACCUGAAAAGAAAGCACGUCGUCUCGGUAGGCUAAUUAGCUAGUUGGCUGCUAACAUUAAUAUCAACAGUGAGCUUCUCAUGAUAAUAUUAAUGAUGACGAUUUCAUUAACCUUAGCACAUACCUGAAACACUUCAAGCUGGAAGCUAAUGAUGGUUAUAUUAGAGUAGCUGCAUGCUGGUGCAAUAAGCUGCAAUUUACGUAUGAGCCGAUCAGUCGUAGGCAAAAAGACAAAAACAAACAUGCAAGACUUACUGUCUGGAGGCAUCCUGGAUGUGGUCUUGAUUGUUGUUUACUUUGACUUUUUCAGGGUCACUGGGACCAGAUAGGGCUGUAAUCACACUUAUAGUGGGUAGUCUAGCCUUGGCUGUAAAGCUUCCAUACGUGUACUCAAACGGCUGAAUGCUUUAUCCCUAUCAAGAGCGAACAUCCAUUUUCCUCAAAUCGGUAAACUGAAGUGUGGAUCAUGUAGCUUUUAAUCAAGUGAAGUGGUUCUUGAGAUGAGAUGGUCAGGCAUGUUUUCACUGGGCUGUGGAAAGGUCUUUUAUUGUAUACACAGAGGUCAGGCAUGAAGAGCUGUAAUUUCAUUUUCAAAACAGAGGUGAAUGAAACCUGUUUUUUUAUAGUCAAGAGCAACUGAGUUGAACUUUGAGCUUUUUAACAUCUACAAAUUAAUGCGAUAAAUAUCAUUUAAAGCUCCCGUGAGGAACUUUUGACUUGUGUCAAUUUUGGCGCCCCCUUUGGACAAAGCAGUCCUUGCUUACCCUGUCCUCUUAAAGCUGAAACUUUGUCAUCAAAAGUGAAAAAUUGAUGUAGAAAUUGUAAAAUCAGGUCUGUUUCUUCAGCUGUUCAGCUGACACCUACUUCUGUGCACAGGUUUCAGGUAUCAAAGUUUGCGAUGUAAAAAUGGUUAAUCUUGUAGGUGAUGGUCUUGUUUUUUUUUUUGUAUUUUAUUAAAAAGCAUUAAUAUGAAUUUUAGUCCAAAAAGUCCACACAGGAGGUUUAAGACACAGUUUUAUACCCCAGCACAGAUUAUGUGAUAUUUUUGUGUCUCUAUGUGAAUUCAAACAACAGAUACAAAGAUCUGAGAGAAAACAUCACAACCUAUGUUUGCAUGUCAGAGUUUAUGAGGGUACAGAAUGAUGAGUAGUGUUGAGAGGCUGUAAAUUUCGACUGUUUCUUCUUCGAACUGUAUAAUCACUGUAUGUGCAGUCUUCACCUAGUCAUGAUUGAUGUGUUAACUUGCAGGCAGGAGUGUAGGGCUGUAAGUCACCUGCCGGGCUCUGAGCUGAUAGUAAAUACCAGGAGAGCAAACACAGACAGGAGAGACAGGAGAUAAGAGCUUGUUUGUCCUUCCUCCCCUCUGUGUGGCUGUCACACUUAUUGUGUGUGUGUGUGUGUGUGUGUGUGUACGGCAGUGGGAGGUGAUUGGUUUCAUCUUCAGCCACUCCUCAUGGAAGGACAAAAUCAGAUGUUUGAACGAAGAUGGUUGAUAUGUGAUGGCAUUGUUGAUGAAGUAUAACAUCCUUUGUGUAGCGGUAAAUGGUGAAUGUGUGAAUGUUGAAAAUGGACCUAUUGUGUGAGGAGAAAAAAUGCUUUGUUUUGAUCCAAAUAAAAAAAUAUCCUGAGGCGUGACUUUCUCUGAAAUUAAAAGAGGAACACUGGAAAAAAAACCAAUACACCUCCAACAUAAUUCUCCAAGUUUUUGAUGCAGACAUUCGAUUAUAAAAAAAGGCAUCAGUAAAAUUUCACUUUAUUUUGCAACCAGUUCAGUACCUCUCACCAAAGCUCAAAUAACUAAACAUAUUGUGACUUAUUUUGCUAAUUAAAUGCUUAUUUUUGUGUUCUUGCAACAGAUCAGUUGCACUAAUUUGACGGCUGAAUUAGCCCAGCCUGUUCGUGGCGAGCGUGAGUGUUUUUGUUUGCAGAUGACAUUAGACUCUCCGCCUCAGGUGGCCACAGUUUACAUGUUUUAUAAGGGUGUAAUUAUUUAUCCAAAAGCUUACCCGGGCUCAUGUGUGCUGAAAGACAAAUGUGCUCUAAUUGGCCCCUCCCUCUCUUAUCCCAAUCUAGUGUGCAUUUGGAAGCCACAAUGCCCAGCCUCCUCCUCCUCCUCCUUCUCCUCCUCCUCCUCCUCCUGCAGCUCUUCCAUGCGCCUUAAUUACAAUGACUAGUUUGAUGGAUUAAGUUGACUGUAUGCAAAAACAAGAUUUGGGCGUUGAAAUCACUGCUUAUUGCACCCACCUGAGCAGUCUCCGUCGCCCACUUUUUUGGCGCGACUUGCGGAUCAUCUUCCAUGUAACAAAUGUUGCUUUAAAUCAACUGAUUGAGCCUCUUUUUUUUUUCUUUUUUUUACUCGUUGCUCUGGACCCAGGCCAAGAUACAGGCUGUCUAGCACAUUAGGCACCACCCCCCUUUUGCAGGUUUGAAAUGUGAGCUGCCUGCAUUUUUUUUUUCCUCUCUUCUCCUCUCUUCCCUCCCCCUCCCUCCCUCCCUCCCUCCUCCCCUCCCUGUCUCCCUUCUGGCGAAGUGGCUGUGGCUGCUUCUGUGUGAUGUGUGUAUUGGGAGAGCAAGCAAUGGAUCACUAGACAGAAAAAGAAGAUACAUCAAUAACUGCUGCAUACAUCCGAGGUGAGGAGAUAAGCAUUUCUCUCUCUCUCUCUCUCUCUCCCUCUCCCUCUUCCUCUCUACCUGUCCUCCCCCCUCCUCUCACCCCUGUCUCCCACCACUCUCCCCUCCUCUCCCUCCCGGUCUUUAACCCUUUAUGCUGCAGAAGCCGGCUCCAAAUUUUGCUGGAUUAUUCCCGCCGAUACUUACCUUCCUUCUUCUCUGGCCACAAAACGUUUGUCCUCUACUCCUCUUUCUGUGUGAAGUUUCUCUUCUUUCUUACCCCUCCUGUUUCCCCUCUUAUUGUCUCUGGGGUAUUUGUUGCUUGAGUGCAAAGAAGCUGGUGGCAAAGUACAGCAGGAGCCCAUUAGCAAUGACUCCAUCUGUGAUUGGUUUUUGCCUGCGAAACGGAGAGAGCAGCCAUGAAUAAUUGAUGUGUAUUGUGCAGUCAGUCACUGGACACGCAGGGAGAGAGGAGAGGAAAACAGAGAGGAGCUGCUGCCCUCAGACACCAAGGGGGAAGAGGAGGGAAGGGGAGGGGAGGAGUGGAGAGAGGAAGAAUGUUAGAGAGAGGAGAGGAAGGUGGGAGGGAUAGAGAGAGAGAGAAAGAGAGAGGGAGAGAGCUUUAAAAUAGCUGCUGGCUUCAGUAGUGCAGAGAUUAAGGCUGCCCUGUAUCGCCUUUGUUCUGCUGUUGCACAUUUGUGCUCAGAAGUGUUUCAAGACACGAGUCCCCCCUCUUUUUGUGCAGUGAAGAGUGAGAAAUAAGCAGGGACAUUGCUGUAGUUAGUCUAGUUGAAAUGCGGGUGGCAUUUUAGACAUAGAGAGGGGGGGAGUCAGGGGGUGAGGGGUGAGUCUUUGCUGCUGCGAGCUGUCAAAAGGAGGAUACAGCAGUUAAAGAGGGAAGUGUUUGCAGGGGGUGUAUUCAGUGUCAGCAGUGAAGGUGGAUCUGCUGCUACUGCUGCUUAGAGGAACUUCAUGUUAUUUCACCCCUGGGGAGGGGAGGGGCCCAAAGAGGGCUAUUUCCUUCAUUGGUGGGUGCAGGCGGGCACCCUGCCUCGACUUAAACUAACGGAAUGGGGUCUGACAGUAUGACGAGUGCCUCGCAGCGCCCCUCGUGAUAGAGUUGCAACAGCUGACUGCCGCAUUUGACCCACUUACAGCUCACACAGAAGGGGUCAAAAUGGCCUUGAUUAUCUCUCUCCGAGUUGAGUUGACCUACUUGUGGCGGCGUUUUCUGCGAGAGUCUUGGAAGUUUAUGAUUUUGAGUCCCUUUGGUGCCACAUAGCACGACUAACCGGGUCCUCCUGCAAAGACAUGCACAGUUAUUUGAUAGUAAUUUGCUAAUAAAGACUCUUGAUGCAGUGUUUGUUAUGGUCCAUUUAGGUGUGAUGGAUUGAAGAUUUUAAAUUGGUAUAACAGGUUCAAAAUCAAAACAAUUAAUAGCACAAUGACGCCAAUUUAAGUUUAUCAUAAAGUUUAGUUCAGAAAAGCUGCAGUGGAUUUAUUCAAAACGUCCACAGAUAGUCCAGCGUAUUAUGAAGACUCAGUUUCUGCACUUUUGAGAACUCGACGAGAGGUUUUUGAAGUAUUUAUGAAGAAAAAAAAUACACAUCCUUAACUAAUCAUACUACAGUUAAUCCUGUUAAUCCCUUUUUGUACUCAUAUACCCAUAGACUGUAUAAUAAAAAGACUUAUUGUCUGUAUAGCCACUCAUUUGUGGGUAUAUCAUUGGUUUUACUGUCUUAGCCUUCUGGUCAGUGGAGUACCAGAGGUCGACUUUUUAGCCUCCUCAUAAAAGCUACACUAUUCCCACCUAAGUUAGAUAUGAUUUGCCAAUCGUGUAACCUUAAUAUCUUCCCAACCAACGCAUUACAAAAAUAUUCACUCACCCCUACUGUGGGUGACGUGAGAGCCUUGAACCUUUCGGACCAAAACCAUUUUUGAAACGUGUUUAUUUUGGUUUUAAAAAUGAGCUUUUUUUUAACUUUGAUUUUCACAGCCUCAGACAAUUCCUCGAAGAAAUGCAGUUUUUUACAGCUUUAUUUCUCAAGACUGGAAGUUGCCACUUGUUAUUACCGUGACUAAUAAAUUUAAUAAUAACAGCGAUUAUCUGCCAACUCUAUUAACAGUCUUAUUUGUAUAAAAGCUCAUGUUCUUUGUUAAUGUCUCCUGACACAUUUAGGCGAGGCCAGUUUAAACUGUGAAAGACUGUUGUAAAACCAGCUCUAUAAAACAACACGAAAAAAGCCAGCCAGCAUUCAACCUUAAUUUUAUCUCAACAAACAGCUUUCUGCAGUCUAUAAACUUCUAGUGACAGGAAGACAAUAUACUGAAAGGCUAAUAUUAAAGAUUUUAAGCAAAUUCAGCCAACAGUUGCAUUAAGCCAACUUACCAGACUGUGUUUUUCAUUUACAUGCUCAUGUUCGGUACAUAAUAAUGAGGUUUAAAUAGUUUAAGACCAUCAUCAGGCUCAGGAUUUCAUUUGUUGUUGGUCCCACUUUGCUGAUGAAACAAAAACUUAAGUAUCAGUUUAAGAAAAUAAUAAAUUUCAGGUGGAAUAAUUUACCGUGAUUACCGUCUACUAAAGAGAGAAAGUCAUCUGCAGUCAUUUUCUUUCUCACAUUGACCUCAUGUGAGGAUUAUCUUGGCACGCUGAUUUCUGUAUUGUUUCUCUUUUCUUUCUCCGCACUAAGAGGGGCUUUGUUGAGCUCUACAGUAAAGUCCUGGUCUGGGCAAUUGUUCAGAUUUUCCUAAAAUGUGUCUGUGGAACGGCUCCCAACAUGCUAAGACAAGAGAGGUUUUGCAACAGGCGCUGUUGGUAAAGAGACGCUGCGCUACACUCUUCCAACUAUUCAUUACUGUUGUUUGUCGGCUUCAAUGAAUCCCUUGUUCUCGGUGCUGGAGAGACUUUUUUUUUCUCACUUAGUUGUGAAACUGCACUGACCUUUUUCUUGAAGUUUGUGUCCCAAAUCAAAAUUACAGCAGCGGAGAGACACCACUCGGCUUUUGAUAAGGUGUGCUUAUUUUUUAGGCUGCUCUUAUGUGGCUUUAUGUCGUAAGAACAUCUAAACCAUGUGUUAUUAUAGAAACUGCUUGUUACAUGGUGGUCAUCCAAUCAAACCCAGUGUCGGAGUUUGAUAACCUUUAUUUCACAGCUGUGUCGGAAAUGUAAUUUGAUUGGUUACGCUAGCUGCUGUUAUUUAAGGUGGUCUAAAGAUGGCGUGAUGAGUAGUACACAGCCAGCAAAACAAAGAUGUAGAUUAUUAAGAAUGAGUUGUUUUUUUUGGUUGAUGGACUCCAAAAAGUGAAGAAACCAGAUGAAAACUUUUUUAACCCGUCAGAAUUUAGUUUUUUUUUUACCUACCGAUUUGUCUCAAAAAGAGACCAAGUGUAAGGUUGUGACGAUGAAAGUUUUCGAAUUGCAGUGAACUGCCAGGUGUAUCAGUCGUUUAAUUUCCCUCUCACAUCAAAGGGAUAAAACAAGCCCCGCCCACUCGUUAUCCCCUCUGUUUAGCCUUUUAAGAAUAAACCAAAACAGACUUCAAAGAGGAUGCUUUGAUUUGAUCUCAAUUAAUAAAACAGGUGUGAAGCAGGCGUAGGAUUCGAUGUUAGCAUGUGGAGCCAGAUUUGUUAUAGAAUGAUCUUUUAACUGUGUUUUGUUGUCUAAAAGAAGUGAAAAAUCAUUUUUUAACAUCCUCUUCAACUAAUAAUAACAUACAAACUAGAUGAUAAAGUGUGAACAUUUAGGGAUAUGAAUUAAAGUUAUGAAUUAUACCAAAGAAGUGCUCUAAGUAAUAUAACAUUAUCAAGAUAUAUAGGUUAACAACAGAUUUAGAUGCCUUCAGCAGACCUUUAUUUCUCUUUGCAUAUCUGAGAAAUCUGUUAUAUCAACGUCAAUCAUAGAAUCAUAAUAAAACUUGAUUUUUGACAGUUUAGAUAAGAGCUAUGCAUUCAGAAAGUCACAGUACCAAAGUGGAGUAAGCUCUUUGGAUUGCAGAUAGGCUACAGUAGUCACGGGAUUAGCAUUUGUAGAAGGAAUAUUGUGUUAUUGGGGGUCUUCCCUUGUGUUUCUCUGGGUGCUGUGUUGCAGUUUGAAAGUUAAGAUGUCUUGAAAGAGGUUUUCAUGUUAAAAAUCCAUUUUAAAAGCAUCAGUGCUUUUACGUAAAUAUUGGCAAAUUCAUGGAUGUAGAUUUAGAGUAUUUCAAGAGGCUGCAAAUUGUAGUACUGUGGUUUGACAUAUUGAAAGAAAAUUUUAAGAUACUUUACUAUGAGAUCAUAGCGUUACCCCGAACAUAAAGCACAUGGGAAAGUCUGUCAAAUGCUCAUACUCAAUGUAAUCGUCAACCUUCAUCCUAGACUAAGGUAGUCUUCUCUCCUUGUCUGAGGUUUUGAGACAGUUUGUGAAUGUUAUCUGAUUUCUCAGCCAUUUACUCAUCAAAAUGAUAAAAUCUUAAUCAAAUGUGUGUAAUAAUUCAUCCAAGGAUUGUAUAAAAUUCCAGUAAAAUGUGAAAUUUGAACCCUACAGAAACCAACUGCUGCAGGAGGUGUCAGUCUGACUCAGGUACUUUGCUGUGUUUUACAUUACUGCUCAGGAAACUCAUACACAUUGGCUGAAUCAAACCGACCAUCCUCAUCUCAGCACUUACAUUCUGUCUUCUUCACAUCGGACUGAACAUGGAUUGACUGCAGAUGUGCUUCUGUUUGUCGGUCAUAUAGAUAAGCUUACUGGCUGCUGUUGUGUUGUCUGUUUAAGUUUUAUUGUUGGGAGCAUGUCACACACAUGCUGUUUUAUCAUUUUGCCUGCAUCACAGUUCAAACUUGUAACUGGGGCCACUGAUUAUCUAAGUUUGUGCUUCAUUUUAUGUCAUUUACAUGAACCAUCUUCUUGUUUUGGGUUAAAAAAGUAGUUGAUUUGUUCAAAAUAUUGUGUGAAACAGCUUGGAGAAAUUAUUAAAACGUCCGUACAAAUGCAGGAAUCUAAACUCAAAUACAAAAUAAAUAAAAUAGACUCGAUUUGGUUUUUAAAUCAGUUUUUUUCUGCAUGCUUUCCGCAUGUUUUUGCCCUUUUAAUUCUACCUGAGAUCAUAAAUACUCGACUCUUCUUACCCAAGUGUCCUCCAUCCUGAGACAGCCUUUAUCCAAACCCUGCCCUGUUGCACAUAUGGAUCUCUUUUAAUGAGCCCUGAGGGGUGCCGGGACCUGACCCUGGCCCCUCCAGAGUCUGUUCUUACUGUGCCUCUAAAGAGAGGCUCUGACCCCAGGCCCACUGUGAAAAGGUCACAGGUGAAUCAGCCACCAGCGUAUGCCACUGUGACACCACCGGCCCUGCCCAGCACCCUGAGGUGGGCACGAGUGUGGGCACAUCUGCUCCAUGGCUAAUUAGUAUCAUUGUAGACAAGGGCUUAAGGCUGGGCCGUGGUUAAUAGCAGCCUGUUGCUCAGGGAAACUGUCUGGCUCCUGUAAGCUGCUUCUUUGCAGGUCAGCUCAUCUGAUAAUCUGGCUGCAGGAGCGCAGCGUUGAAAACACACUCUGGGCUGGUGCAGCCUGGCUCGGUGUGCAGAUGGCAGAGUUUGACAAACCUAAGUUAGUCAGGUGAAAGCUCACAUAAACAAGCGGGCAGAUUUAGCUUUGGCCAUAAACGACACCUCCAAUGUUGAGGUUUUUGCAAGUUUUGACUAUCCAAGAACAGAUCAUACAUGCAUUUAAUCUUUGCUGUAAUGUUGCUCUGAAGGCAAAAUCUUUAAAUAAGUUUGACGGGAACAGCAAACGAAUAAGUUAUUUAAAGUUUUGCUCAUGAAAAACUCAAGUGGCUUCAAUUUUUAAGCAUUUCCAAGUCAAAGUAUAGAUAAAGACAAGGAAAUAAAGAUUCAGGACAACAUUUGAUGCUCAGCAUUUUUUAACGCUGACUUUAGUUUGCAGUUGAAGCUGCAUUUUCAACCCAAAUUGAAGUCCAUUUUUGCAAAAAUAAGCACACUGUGACUGACUUGGGCAAGUUAUUGAGUCUGCAAGUUUGUUUUGUAAAACAAUACUUUAAUGAAUGACUCAAGUGUUGAAUAUUUUACAGUACAGAUCUCUACUUCAUGGGGUAAAACAUGCAGAACCACAGCUGUUAUUGUUUCAGAAAAGCACCCAAUCUUGACGUCCCUCUUCGACAUGCUGUUACCAGAUUUUUUGACACACAGAGAUGUAGGUUUGGGAGGAGUUUUGCGCCCAAUCAGCUUAAUGUAUCAGGGAGCGCCAUACAGUAACAGAUUGUAGAUUCUAAUUUUGGUUGGGGGAGAUGUUUGGCUUUAAUGCAGGAGGAAUUAAUUCUCACCAGGGGGUUGAAAUGCUAUAGAUGUCCACCUCUGUGAUUUACAGCGACUGUGACUGCCCUGUUUUAAUGAAGAGAUUUGUUGCAUGUAGCAGGAAAGAUUAUCUUUUCGGCUUGCGUCGGUGAGGGUUCGGUUCCUGAGUAACCAUAACUGAGAAAUGUCAGUCAGAGACAUGAGAUCUGCAUGGUUUAUCUUGCGGUUGCGGCGUGUAUUGUAUCUGGUUUUCGUGGGUAUUUAGUCGGUGCCAAGAGGAUUUCAUUAAAGACAUCCUGUAGUGUGUAAUCUCAUUCAGGGAUCUGUGAACAUAGAUAAAUGUCUUGUCUUUGACAUGUCUGUUGUUGUUUUGAAAUCCUGCAUUUUUUUUAUGUUUAUAGAUAGAAAUUUGCACCAUAAUGUGGUUUUCUGGGUAGUUUAAUCCUGGAGUUAUUACAACAGGAGACGAGGGGAUGUAGGAGGUAUAAGAGACAGCUUUUCAAUCUGUCAGCUCUGCAGUCUUUAGCGGUUUUUGAUUUAGCAACAAAGGACGCAGGAUGUCAGAGCAGUAACCCAGAAACACCAAAUCCACAGCCUUUUCUUUUCCUCCUUGUGCCGCUUGCCUCCACAUGGCCACAUAUGCCUGUGGCCUCAGUAAAACCUUUUUGGCACAAAGCCAGGCACCCCCGCUCCCUCCCCCCUUGCCUGCUCUCCUCUUCGCCGGAUGGACAUGGCACGACAUUGCGGCCAUGUGGCCAGCAGGAGGCUGUAUUUAAGCUGGGACAGCUCUGAAAUGGGCCAUAAAACCUAGCCAGCAAGUCUGGCUCCCCAUGAGGCAAUGGGCCUAAGUACUCAUUGACAAGACUCCAACAUCCCUGACUUUCCAGAGAGAAGAAAUAAUGCAAGAGGGGGAAAAAAGCAGCAGACAGAGAUGAGGUGCAGACAGGAGGCUGCUGUCUGCCCUAUAUAGACGGAGUAUUUUAUAACUUUUAGCGAUUCGAACCCUAAAUAUUAACCAUCUUCUUUCUGUUUCGUCUCACUCUCAUCCUCAUCUUUUGAUUUCGUGCCUCAGCUCAUUUUCUCUUAAUGAAAUAACUUCUAAGCCGAGUUUGUAUAGGGAACCUCGGGGGAAAUAUGUCACACUUUGACGCCACAUGGCAGUCAUGACACUCUUAUAUUCCCACUUCACACAUCCUUCCCACUUCAUCAGCUUUCUGAAAACAUUGCUCACCCUGAUAUAUGUCACCAAAUGACUCACACAACUUUAAAGUCUCCAGUUAAUGAAGUCGGUUUACAGACUUACUUUUACAACAGCCAGUUAGCACUUGCUCUUGCGCCGAAGUGUGGAAAAAUUAAAAGGGCGACCGGCGAGAGGAGAGGAGAGGAAAGCGAUCCGUACCAUGUGUUGAUGAACAGGAAGCACAUUUCUGCUCUGUCACGACUUGACAGGUCCGUAACCUGUUAUUCACGUUCCUUUUAAAAGAAUGAAUGAUUGACGAGUCGCUUCAGCUUCAUUAUCAAAUUGGCAUUCGAGAACAAUUUGCGGCAUCUGCGCGCAGACAAAGAGAGGUUUGAUUGCUGCCAGGCGACACGGAGAGGGAGAUCGUUUACAAUCCAGCUGGCAUUUCGCACAGGUUGGUUCACCGCUUGCUGUCAUAGAUCCAAAUAUUCUUACACUCUUUCCAUACAAUUUUUAGGUAAAUCGCAGAUUUUCACUGCUCUGCGAAGCUCACAAGGGGAAUUCUUUGGCUGAAACUUAACAUGGCUGUUUUGCAUGGCCUCUUGGGUGCUUUCAGUAACCAGGGAUACUGCAGCUCCCUCUUAUUUUAAUUGACUUUGGCCUGCAGGAGUCUUGUGUCCAUUCAAACUUCUUAGGCCAAAGAGAGGGAGGGAGGGAGACAGAGAGGAGAGGGGGGAUCUGAAUAGAGCCCCCUCAGAAACUAAGGAGCACAGCCCACUAGAGCUGCUCUUGUUAGUUUGCUCAUGGUCUUUGUUCUCCUUUCAGCCCUUCUGGCUAAAUGUCUUCAAACAAGCCUAUUGGGGGUUGUUAAUCUUUUCAGACAGGUUUAUAGCAGGAGAUUGGACUUUGUUUUUACGGAAAGUGUGGGUAUAAGUGAGGAUGUAUUGCUGAUAAUGUGAUGACUGGAUGUGUUUUUGUAUGUUUUUUCAGGCAUUAUAGUGGCCAAGACAUGCGGGCCGAGCCAGGUGGGAGUCCAGGGUUGACAAGGGAGCAGGUGUCUAUUAGAUACACAGCGGAGAAGGAGGGAGGGGAGGGUGAGAGAGAGUGGGAGGAGGAUCAUAAGAGCUCUUGGCAUCUGCCUUACCUGCUGCCUCCACUAUAGUCUUGUUGCCAGUUAUCGCAGAGAAAGAAGGAGGGAGAGAAAGACGACGAAAAGAAGGAAUGACCUUUUAGAUAGGACUAACUAGUCACUACUCAUCAUAGGGUGCAUUUGCUGUACAAUCAUUCUAAAGGGACAGUUCACGUAGUUUCAAUAACUCACAUAUUGUAUUUCCUUUUUUAACCGUUUGCAGUGGAGGUAAUUGAAAAAAGAAAACUGAUUUAAUGCUCGAUAAAUCUUCCUUAAGACGAUGUUUUUCUUUCUUUGAAAACUUGACAUGCAUCUUGUCAACACCUUUUCGCAGGCAAUUCCUUAGGUAAGAUUGAUUUACAGUUGACUCAAGGUAAUACUGGAAAAUUUACCGUGAAAACUUCAGCCAUCUGUUUUAUAUGUAGCAUAGCAUCUGCUGAGACAGUGUGUACUAAAGCUGUGAGAAAAUGUUGAUUAAAUUGUAAGUAUCACUAUAUGGAAAGGUGUCAUAGUGUGUGUAAAAUCCAAACAGUUUUUAACUAACAGAGUAAACUUGUAUGACAUGAGGAGUAUUUCACGUCCAUCUGGGCUUCACCCCGCAGACGGAUGUUUGGACAGGGUAGAAGCUUUAAAAAAUCUGAUUGGAAGUAUGAACUUCAUGCGUUUAACAUUCAGUCAGAGCAACAAAACAUAUGACAUAUUUGGCAUGUGUUGACAAGGAGUAAACUGUGUAACAUGAGCUCAACAGGCAGCGGUUAUCUUGUCAAUACACAAUUCUGCACGUAAAUAGACACUUUCCAGAAUACUAAAAAAGUAUUUGAGCCAACUGAGGCAGCAAAUGAGAAAAGUGUUAACCAGUGACUGAAAGAACUGGGGGUUUAUACUGUGAAGAGAUCAUUUAAGAUCAAUUCGGAUAAGUAAGUUAGCUUUCCAGACAGAAGAGAGAAUGAUUUCCACUUCGAGAGGAUGGAAGGAAGAAGAGAAAGAAACAAGUAUAGAAGCAACAACUCCCAUAGAGGGAAACUGUUGUCUUGCAGGUGUAAUACCUAUGGAUCUGUUUGGUGACAGAUAUGAAAUCUCGCAAGUGUUUUACAAAUCUAUGUAGAGAACAAUCUGCCUUAUGUUCAUCCAGAAAGUUGAACAUUUUGGAGAGACAGUACUAGGGCUGUCCCAAUAUUAUGUUGAUAUUGGAUAUUGAUCCGAUAUCAGCCAAAAAACAGAUAUCGGACUAAAAUCUCUGAUAUCUGCACUCCGAUACAAGCAGUCCAUUCCAGACUCCACUCCAGCACCUCUAGCUAGCAGCACCCGUAUCUAGCAUGCAGAGCCCACAUAAUCACAACAGCAGUGUGUUCUAAGGUACUAACAAAGUAGCAAGGAGAAGGAGUGAUGUUGGCUGUGUGGCAGUAUUGUUCGUUAAAGUCCAAAAAAGACAAUAUCGGAUAAAUAUCGGUAUCGGCUGAUACUGAAGGCUACAAUAUCUAUAUCUUACCAGAAGUAAAAAAGUUGUAUCAAGACACCCCUAGAUUGUACGACAGUAUACAACCUUAUCUACUAGACUGCUAACUAGCCUUCAGCCUAUUUCUGUCACUCCAGUCGCCGAUGUUGAUUGUCAAGUGAGUUUAUAUGAUCAGACAGAAUAUCUCAUUUUAACACACUCUGAAUGUGUGUAAUGUUAUUCUGCUUAAAUGUGCUUAUCCAUUAUAAACCCUCUGCAGAUUGUCUACAUCAGUUUGAUAUGAGAAACAGAUUUCUGAGUUAUCAGACAAAAUCAGCCUCUCCCCCAUCGAUACAAGCAGGCUCUAUCUGGUUCCUCUUGUCAGUGAAAAAAUGCACUUUCUAACAUUUUUUCUCCAUUUUUCAUGAAUCUAUGGGCACCACUCACAUACAUAAGUACAAUAGUGAGUAAAAGAGUACUUGUAUAUGGAACAUACAGAAUCAUGAAUGGAGUAAUGGAGUGUAUGGCCUAGUUUGUAAUACCACAGUGUAUAUUGAAACAUAUCAACCCCAUCCCCAGUGUUACAGCACUGCUCUUAUCGACAUACGUAUAACACUAGGGCUGGGCGAUAAACCGGGAAUUUACCGAUACCGAAAUUUACAAUAACCAAUGUUUUGCUCAUGUCAAUAUAUUCAGUGUCAAAAAAAUAAAUAAAAGCUGGUUUUGGAUGUGUGAUCUCAGGCUAUGAUCUCAUGUACCUUUAAGACGCUGUCCUACGUCAGAGACGUGACUCCACCCCAUCCAGUCCGUAACAAAGAGGGAAAGACAGGUGAGGAGAUGGAGGACGGCUCAAAAGUUGUAGUGGCUGGAGUAGACGAAGUUAAUGUGGGAGGGGGUGAGCAGUUUGUGGAGUAGUUAUCGUCCAUUUAUCGUUAUCGAGGUGAACUGAUCAACAUAUUGUGAUGUUGAUUUGAGGCCAUAUCGCCCAGCCCUAUGUAACACCCAAAACUCCACAAAUUAACUGUAUUUAUUCUCUCAAACUUGAGCAUAAAUGCCUCCAAAAAAUGGCAUAAUUGACUUCCACUGACUUGGAUCGAGACAGCAACCAAAAUGGCAUAUCAUGUAAGAGAGAAAAUAAUUUUUGAGCUGGCGCUUAAAUCUGGAGACAGUUUGUUUUUGUUUGUGCAAAAGGAGACAGAAUGAAGGCAUUUAAUCAGCACAGUUUAUCUCCCCGCCUCCUGUCUGUAUGUGCGGCAAAAGGUGGGCUGGGGGAAGCAUUACCAUUGGAAGGAGCAUUGAACAACUGUCAGGGAUGCGGUCCUUGUCAUUUGUCAUGCCUCCCUCGGGCUUUAUGACAGAGAGUAAAGCUGGAAGCUGCAGACCCAACUACUGAACCACCCAUCUCGUCCCAGCAGAUGCGUUUACCGCCCUUCGCCAUGGCUGACCAUCAGGCUGCACAGCUGAGCACCAGAAUAUCAAUACGGCUCAGACUCAGCCAAGGGCCCCAGGGACCCUCUACAAGGCAAACAGGAUCAGCUCCUUUCCUUAUGGAAGACAGAGACCCCUAGCCGCCAGGGAGACAAAAUUUAAACAGAGCAAAAAAAAAAAAGAUGCUCUGUAGCAUAAAACGGCAGAUGAAUUCACUUCAGAACAGCCGUGAUUUUGAAGAGCUACCACUAAGACAGUUAUCGCCAGUUUUUUGGCUCGUCUCAGGAAGGGAAACAGAUGAGUCUAUUGAAAGGCCGUCUGUGGGAGGAGAGGAGAGGAAAAACAGUAAUCCUUUUUGUGUUCAUCAUCUGCACUGUCCUGAAAGAUGCUGGUAUGGAGGAGGAGGAAGAGAAAGACAUUUUCCAGAACUAUUUUUCCUUUAAUACCUCUUCUGAUACCCCGAUUUAAAAGAACUAAUACUAAGUACUUUUUUUGAUUUAAAGCAUAUCUAUAACUUUGAUUGAUAUACUCUGAUUCAGUCUUUGUUUAUUGAUUUAAUUCAUGAUUUGAAGUUCAUUUUUUAGGGCACAUAUUUUAUGACAAGGUAUGCAUUGACUUGUACAUGAUAUCUCGUUUUGGGCAGUAUUAAAGAACAACAGUAAUGCCCACUUUGGUAUUUCAUAACCAAGACAGAUAUCUGUAUCAGCGCCAAUACCAUUAUUGGUAUUCUCAAGUCAUAUCCACUAUCUGUAUCAGCACAUACACCAGUUUUGUCAUUUGGCGACUAAUAACAGUAUCUUUGGCAGUAUCGGUAUUUUAGUUUCCAGUACAAUCAAAUCCAUUACUACAGAUACAUACUUCAGUAUACCAAUAUCAAUGCAGAUAUCUGUAUUGGUACUAAUUGCUUUACUGGUAUUUUGAUAUCCUUUUUCAGCAUCAAAUUGGUAUUUUUACAUGGUCUGAAAGGCUAGUUGUACAAGCUGUAGCAUUAUCAACAGUACUUUACCACUCGCUGUGAUAUCCUGAUACCAUGAUCAUCAUUUGUAUCAGUGAUAAUUCCAGUAUCGGUACUCUAAAUUCAAUGUUAGUAUCCUUAUUCACACACAUACCGGUUUAUAGUAUCCUAAGCUAUUCCAACAGCAGUAUUGGUAUUCCAAUAUCUAGUAUACUUUAAUGUACUGGGACAGGUACAAGUUUUGUAAAGUCUACACCAAUAACUGUAUCGGUAUAGUAUAUAUCUAGCACUGGUAUUUUAUGAACUCCUGAAGUGGCUUUUAGAAGUAACAUGUUGGCGGUUUCUCCUCCCGCUCUCUGGAACCUGAAGUUUAUCUUCUGAGUCAAUGACAGUGUGUGUCUCCUUUAAGUGGGAUGGCGCUCAGUGGAGGUGGCAAUUUUGUGCAGUGAUAAGCUCUUUAUUUAAUGGUGGGGUUGGAUAAUUCCUUUCUAAGUGGCAAAGUGGGUCCGUCCCUCCCUUCUUUUUUUCUUUUCUUUUUUCUCUCAGAUAUGUAUUGUCGUUUCUUCGCUCGGCCUCACUGCUGUUUUUGUCCUGCGGCUGUUGAUGGCGGCCUCUGUGUGAAACGAGGAUACAGUCCCUUUACCGCCAGACAGCCACACUACGGCACGGCGAGGGGAUAAAUUGCGGAGACAUGUUUAUCAACAUACUAGAAGUGCGAGUUACCCCUUGUUGGAGGAGAAUAAUGGGACCUAAUUGAGCUGUAACAUGCUGGCUUGUUGCCAGGCCCUUGAAUUGAAAACUCACUCCAUCAGAAGGGGGUCUGAGUGGAGGGAGGGUGCUGCUUAAACGCACUGCAGGAGGUUCUAACAUGGAUGUGAGACUCGUAAACCUAUUAGCCGCGCUUUAAAAAGGGUUGUAUUUGAUGAAAACUAAGCUUUAAAUCUUGACAUCUACCUGAAGGUGUGAUAUUUUAGAGGGAAAUAAAGCACCUGAGAGGCCUUUUUUGUCAACCAAAGCGCAGCAAAGUCAGAUCAAUCCUCUGGAGGAGCAGCACAGCCUGUCUCCUGGCACCUACCUUGCCAAAAACAGGAGGAGUGGGGGGAGAGAGAGAGAGAGAGAGGUAGCAUUAGUGGGGUUGGAAAGAGGAAAACCCAGCUGCCUCUGCGCCUGAGCCCCGUGCUGCUUUUAAAGGAGCGGGGAGGGGAGGGGAGGGGAGGGUGAGGCAGGAGGGAGACUGCUGGCACCAUCUGUACAUGUCUUUUGUAUUCCAGCCCUCAUCUUUACACAGAGCGAGGCUGGUGUGCUCGGUGUUCAAAUGAAAGCAGAGGAGAGGAGGUGCCUUUUGGGUUUGAGAUGCUCUUAGAGGGAGAGAGGUGUGUGUGUUUGUGUGGAGAUGCUAAAAUCCGUGUUGUACCCUCCGCUCAGAGCCCGUCUUGUGUCUUUAUUUUACUUCUGUGCGAUUGUGUAAACGCAGGCUUUGAAUGGCGACCUUUCUUACUCGUGUGUCUGGUUGCAAGCAGUCAUGUGUGGUCAAAUCUCUCGGUUGCCGUGUUUGUGAUGGGAGUCAGAAGCUUUUGUUUGUUCCUCACUCCCAUCAGCCCCAUUAGCCUGAUGUCUUCUCUCUCACUGACUCACUUAGCCGCUUUUUAUCGCUCUCUUUCUCCCUCUCUUUCUCUCUGUGUAAUAUAUGCCGUGGCGGCCCGUCCUUGCAUGUGGCAGCGGGGUGGAUCUGCCUCCACUGUCUGCUGUCAUAUUGACGUGGCUUUUUGCGCAAAACCGCAGGUGAAAUCACCAAGCACUCUGUUUCACCCCCUUCCUCCCUCCCUCCCUCCCUCCCUCCUCUCUCCUCAGUCACUCAGCCCUAGAAGUGCUGUGAAUCAUAAGAGGAGGUGGCUGCCCUGCUCUUUGAUUGAAUCCACAUUCCCUUUCUCCUCUGACGCCGCAGAGAGAGAGAGAGAGAGAGAAAGAGAGAGAGAGAGGUGAGGAGGCAGGAGGGAGUGAGAGGGAGAGAAAAAGGGAAAGUGAGUCUUUUGUAGUUGGCACAGUACAAAAACAUGCACUGCAGAUGAAAAGCAUAUGAUUCGAUCAAACAUGCUCUGUGGUAGCAACCUAACCGGGCGGUAGGUAGGAAGGUAGGUAGGAAGGAAGGAAGGUAGGUAGACGAAGAUAAGGGAAGGGCUGGAGUUUGAUGUGCAGGCCCAGAGUGAACCCUAGUGGCCAAGAGCUGCAGUGAUAUGCUGAGGUUGAGGCUGAUUGCAGAGCAGAGGCGUCUCUUCUGUUUGUUACUGAAUUGAGUGAGAAAUACCUGUGAAGUCUCUUAAAAACCCUUGUCACUCAUUAUUUGUUUGUUUUUGGAAAUUAAAGUGUUUAUAGAAGUUUCUUUCUAUUCUAAAUUGAUUAAAUCAAGCUUCUUCUCACAGGACAAAAAUAGAUAAUUAACUUGGCUACUAACAUACUAUAUGUUUAAGACUCUUGGUAUUGUGUAAGGAUCUUACAUUCAAGGGUUUGUCAGGCAAAACUGAAGUCUCUUUAGAAUACAGUUGAGGACAAAUGGUGGAUUAUGGCAGCAUACAAAUUAGGGGUGGGGGAAAAAUCGAUUCACAUAAGUAUCGUGAUUUUUUUGUUUUACAAUUUUAAUCAAUUUUAUGUUUAAAAACAGAUAUUUUUUUUUCAAAUCUAAGAGUAAAUCUUAAAAACUGACUCACAUGCAAUGUCUAUUUUUGGGGGAAAUUUGGUUCCGGAAUAGUCAGUAGACAAUUAUAAUCAUUCAACUGUUUCACUGGUGUUAAAAAUGCAAAUGAAGAAUUGAAUCGGGAGAAAAGCAUAUCGUCCCAGCCCUAAUACAAAUGCCCAAAAGGUGCAGAGAAACUCUUAACUUGAAAGAACACCCUAACAUGAAGACACAUUGUCUCUUAAAGCCUAAAAGUGGAUCUCAAUGUAAAUGUUUCAUUCAUGUUUCAUUGCAAAGUGUCGAAACUUGAAUAGUGAUGUCCAAAGUGUUGAAUGUGACUCAGAAAUCACUGAUUUCAGCCUAACAGGAGAUAUACAAAGAAAAAUAGCCAUGCAAUUUAGAAAGACAGUAUAACAUUGUAAUCAAAGCAAUUAUGAACAUCAAUCUUAAGGAAGACGUUGUGUGCCGUUAUGAAAAUAUCAAUCACAAAACUCCUAAAAGUGCUGAAGCAAGUACACUGAAAAGAUUUAUCAAUGUUUUACUGUAUGUCUGAAAAAAUUUCAUUUCACCCAAAAGCUUCUUCAACUUUUAUUUCUCACAAACUAAAUCAACAUUUCGAAUAUGAGCGAGAUGCUACAGUGCCUGAAAAAGUCACUAGAAGGGUUGAAUUAUGUUUUAAAAGUGAGCAGAUGUUACUGUGUUUGCUAAAACUUAAAAAAUUGUGAAUCCUUUUCUGCAAAAAUCGGAAUAAAGACCCUCAAACUUUCAGAAAUGUCACUAUUUUUCAGUCAAUGGUGCAAAAUGCAUCUGCCAAUCAAACUUUUACUUAAUAAUUAAUGAUUAGCCUCAGUGAUGCCUUAUUUUUUAAUAAACUUAGACCAGUGAAUUAAAUUAUUAGUUAAACAGGAUAAAAGUUGUUCUCGUCUGGAAGCUAAAAGAUAAAAUGACCCUUGAUAAGAUCUUUUUAAUAAAACUGACCAGAGUAGUUUAGUAUUUUAAAGACACGCCCAGUAUUUACGUGAAAUGUUUCAAUUUAUUUUAAAAAUUAAAAUCUAAUCUAACACUCCAUCACUGCUUUAAUGUUCAAAUGUGCCUCCAUUCUUAAGUGAUCACCUCUUGUUUUUCCCACUGACUUAGCUCAGCAGGUUUUGUCAGUGCUUGUGGUACAGACUUGUUAACCUCCUCACAAAUGUCCAUCAGCACUCACACUCUCCUCUUCUGCUCUCUCUCCAGCUCUUCUGUCGUCGUGGUGCGAGGAGCUGGGUCGCCUCCUUCUGCUCCGUCACCAGAAGAACAGGCAGAACGAGCCUCCAGGAAAAGUGCCCAUGCAGCCCCCUAUGAGCUCUAUGAAGCCCGGCCUCUCGCAUGGGUCAGUGUUCGCACUGCUGCGCUUUUUGGAUUGUGUGUGAAGUGUGUUUGUGUGAACAGACCGACAGGAUCCUCGGGGAAAGCCCUUCGUCUCUGCAUGAAGCCGAGAGUUCCUUAUGGAUCAGCGGCCAGACAAACUGUCAGACGAGCUGCUUGUAGCCCAGUCAAUAUGAAGUGAACAGUAUCUCACCACCAUGGAGUUAAGAAUUACAACAUGAUGCUAGUUAGAGGCUUUUAUUUUGAAAUCUGAAUCCUUCCCUUUUCUCUAUAUUUGGGCUAUUAGCAUAAUUAGUUUGUUAGGUAACACUUUAUUUGUCGCCUAUCUCUAUAACGCAUUAUAAAUAUAUUUAUAAUGCGUUAUAAUCAUGUUAUAGCACUGUUGAACUAUAGUUAUAAACAUUCAUAAAUGAUCAUAAUGCUUGAUCGCAAUUAUCAUAACACAUUAUAAAGCAUUUUAUCAUGACUUAUAAGGUCAGGUAUUAUAAUAUGUUAUAACUGAUACCAACUCACCGACAAUGCCCACAUAGAUAAUACAAUGCAACUGUUGUUAACAGUUAUAACACAUUAUAAUACCUGAUCUUGUAAGUCAUGAUAAAAUGCUUUAUAAUGUGUUAUUAUUAUUGCUUUAAAGCAUUAUGAUCAUUUAUAAAUUUUAUAACUAUAGUUAUACAGUGCUAUAACAUGAUUAUAAUGCAUUAUAAAUAUAUUGAUAAUGCUAUAUAGAGACAGGCGUCAAAUAAAGUGUUAGCGUUUGUCAUAAAAGCAAAGAUUUCUGCACUUUUUCUAGAUUUUUCUGGAUGUGAGAAAAAUAAGUCUUAAAUUUAAAGUAGAGAAGAUUAUUAAAUGUUAGUGAUCAUGUGUGCUCAUAUAAAGCUGGAAAAAAACUAUAAUGUGGAAAAAACUCAGAGUUGAGUAGUUAUCAGUCAUAAUGAUUAUAAAGUGAUGUAAAUGUUUACAUCAUAUAGUUUUGUUCAUACGUGGUUGUUUUUUUUUUUACACAUCUACUACAGAGAUGGGUCCUUUCCCUAUGACUCUGUUCCCUGGCAACAGAACACCAAUCAGCCUCCAGGUUCUUUAUCCGUGGUGACAACAGUCUGGGGUGUCACCAACACAUCACAGAGCCAGGUGAGAUCCCAUACCUGUCAGAGGUGCUGAAUUGAUGCUAUGUAUUUUAUAUUAGAUCAGGGUGAGAUCCUCCAGCGUUCUCUCUUGUGUUUACCUGUCUGUAUGUCUUUAUCAAACAGGUGUUGGGGAAUCCCAUGGCCAACAACAACAAUCCCAUGAAUCCUGGGGGCAACCCGAUGGGCUCGGGGAUGUCCGGUAACAAUCCGGGGAUGAACUCUCCCCAGUUUCCUGGUCCCCAGCAGCAGUUUCCUAACAAAGCCAACACCAACCAGGGCUACAUGCAGCAGGGCAUGUAUGGAAGACCCAACUACCCCGGAGGAGGAGGCUUUGGUGGCAAGUACGUCAACAGCUGUUAGAAGAAGUUUGUUUUUAAUUAUCAAACUGCCUCAAAAAGAGAAGUUCUUCCUCGUAUUGUUUUUUCUCUUCGUCAUAGUGAUUCUGUUAUUGGUUUUAAAGUUUUGGAAUGGACUUGAUGAAGAAAUUAAAUUAUGUACAUCCUUGUCAACAUUCAAAAAGAUAUCUCAAACAGGAAAGGAUCAGUGACUAUGACCAUAAGCAUUCCUUCAGCCUUUUUCUUUUUUUGGUUUAACCUAAAAUCAAAAAUUAAAACCAUAUUUAUCUAUCUGUCUAGUUACCCUGGAGGACCCAAUGCUGGACCAGGAGGAAUGGGCAUCCCGCCACACUCCCGUCCUCCUUCAGACUUCACCCAGCCUGCUGCUGCUGCCGCCGCCGCUGCAGUCGCUGCUGCUGCCGCAACAGCAACCGCCACCGCCACAGCGACGGUAGCUGCCCUGCAGGAAACCCAGAACAAGGACAUGAACCAAUACGGACCGGUACGGCAAGGCAAACAGCUGAUCAAAUCUGUGUGUUGACAUCCUUUUCCAUACAGCAAAUUUUUAAAUUUUGUUGACUUGACGUAGCUAUUUAGAGUCGGUUUUAUUUUCAGUGAAUUGGCCCUUUAAUCGUAGUCUUUCAGUGCUCUUAAUUAUGAUUUGCCAAUGAGGUGAGAGAAGUGAACUUGAGCUUAUUGUCAAACAAGGUUAAAUUAAUGUCCAAUGAGAAUAAAGAAGCUCAAACUCAAGCUAAUGUUUAUUUUUGAUAGAAAAUGUUUGUUAGUUUCAUCAUUGAUUAAAUUCAGCUCUUUAUUCUUACCUCGGAUGCCUGUUUUUGUCUUCCAGAUGAGUUCCUCUUUCCAGAUGGGACCAAACCAAGCGUACAACAGCCAGUUCAUGAACCAGCCAGGACCCCGCGGCCCUCCAUCCCUACCCGGAAACAUGGGUACAGGCAUGAAUGCAUCCAACAUGAGCGGGCCCCCAAUGGGAAUGAACCAGCCCAGGGGUCAAGGCAUGGGACCUUUUGGAGCCCAUGGCCAGAGGAUGCCCCAGCAAGGCUACACAGGACCCAGGCCUCAGGGCAUGGGGAUGCAGGGCAUGAAAAGACCGUACCCAGGGGAGGUGAGAGGCCAACACUGAGUUCAUAUUUUACCUGUAAGAUUUCUCUUUCUUUCUUGAAGUUAAACUUAUCCUCUCCCUGCAUCCUCAGCCAAAUUAUGGAGGGCAGCAGUACGGACCAAACAACCAGUUUCCUAACCAGCAGGGGCAGUACCCCACACCCAACGCCACCAGGCCGCUGCCAUCCCCCAACUACCCCGGCCAGAGGAUGCCGGGACAGCAGCUGCAGGGCCAGUAUCCACCACCCAGUGGUGCCAUGGGACAGUUCUACAAGGUGCAGUGAUCAUCAGAGCAUCAUAAGAAACACUUUCAUGGUUUGAUUAUGGUUUGUUAUAAUUUUAUAGAGAAUCUCAAUUUGAUUGUUUUCUAUAUGAAAUUACAGCAAGAGCCAUCUUUUAAUGGCCAAACCAAUAACUUCUCUGGGAGUGGAUAUCAGUACAACCAGGGGAAUAUGAAUGGGGUAAGUCAUUGUUGUCCUCUUUGUUGGCUGUUUUUGGUCCAUGUGUUGAGUUAUUUUGUUGUAGCAGUUAUGGACAUGUGUAUUCUUUGGUUUUAUUUUUAAUGCCUGUGUUUGUAGAUGAUCUAAUUUAAAAUGGGAAAAUGGAUAGGACUGGAUCAUUUAUUUACUCCAUCCUAAACCCUUUUUAACCCUCCUCCUGUGUUAGGGUCUGCACCGACCUGCUUUUGAUUUUAAAUGCUUAAAAGAACCACUGAAAUUAGCUUUUUUGCGUCAAAACUUUUUGACUUUGCCAGGAACCUCUAUCUCUACAAAAUAAAAAAUAUAAAUAGACUAAAUUAUAAAAUGCUCUUAUUAAAAUUAUGGCGUUUGUGGUGUUAGGGUCGCUGUUGACCCGGUUAGACCAAUAUCUAAUAAUCAGAGCAAAAUCUGAAAUCAUAAGUGCACUGGCAGUCAGAUCCUCUUCCGAUCAUGUGAGAUUUAGGAAAUUCUCAUUUUGCCAUGUUUUUACCUGCACAAAAAACUGCGUGUGAGCAUGUCCAGACAUGUGAGAUCAAUUCAGUAUAGAUGCCUGUAUGAGGGGUAUACUGACAAAGAAAGGCACAGAGGACCACAACAAAAAAUAUCAUAGGCAAUAUUUUAAUUAACUCAUCCAUUGUUCCAAAUCUAGCCGCCCAGACCGGUGGGUAACUACCCUCACUCCCCAGUGCCAGGCAACCCAACCCCACCGAUGACCCCAGGGAGUAGCAUCCCUCCAUACCUGUCGCCAAACCAGGACGUGAAGCCGCCCUUCCCUCCUGACAUCAAACCAAACAUCACCGCUCUCCCUCCACCUCCAGGUUAGUAACAGGAGGAAAACUCAAUCGCUAGUGAAUGUUUGAAAUCUUCCGCUAAUCUGGCUGUUCUUCAUCUGUGUUAGCAAACCACAACGAGGAGCUGCGUCUGACGUUCCCAGUACGGGACGGUGUGGUCCUGGAGCCCUUCAGGCUAGAGCACAACCUGGCUGUAAGCAACCACGUCUUCCAUUUACGGCCCUCUGUGCACCAGACUCUCAUGUGGAGGUAAGGCAUCAUUUCUUUAAUGAUAAUGUUAUCCUGUAGUGUUCCUUAGACUUGCUUUCUACAACGGCCUUUCAAACACAUGAUAUGCGACUCUGUAAAGGUGCUUUCCCAAAAAUGUAAACCCUUAUUAUGACUCGAAUCCAAACAGGACCUGAAUAUUGAGCUUUCUCCUAAAGAAUUAUGUGUUUGUAGCAACAAUGAUUAAUCCUCUGGUGAUCUGAAGGAUUAAAGAAACAAGACCGCUUAAUUGGAAAGUAGCUCCAAGAGAACCUGGACUCUUGUUUAAUUGGUUGCGGUUUUUGAAAUCUGGCGAAAAUACAAAUAUGAGUGCAUUAAAAAAAAAAAAACUUUAAUCUCCAUUUUAGUUAAUGGGUUUGGUGCUCUGAGCUGAGUGUGUGUUUUGGGACUCUUUUUGGGUUGUUACUAUUAUCCCUUGACAUAACAAGCCUUGUUAAAGUGAUCAUGUGUUUUUAAGCCUUAUCCAGUAAAACAAGCAGAGAUAACAGGUGCUAAGCUAGCGAGGGAUCGUUUAUGUUACUGCUCGAGCAACUUUUGCUGCAUUUAGUGAAGAAUUAAGCGUUGGAAAAAUAGCAACUGUGCCAUAAACGGAGAGGUGGCAGUACACCAAAAACCUUGUAUCAAUCGUUACGUGGGUGACACCCAAUUACACCUCAAAUCAAAGCCUGUCUAACCCUGGUGAUCUGACAGUAUGAGAUGAGGAUCAGCUUCUCUGUGUCUUAAGUGUUCCUUUUGGUCUGUCGGGGACAUUGGGGCUUCACAUUGAAAUCCUGUAGCCGGGCGCCGCAGGGAUUUCUUCGAUUCCUCUUAACCUUUGCCUUGCAGAUUGAAAAGGCUGUGUCGUUGUACUGUCUACGAAAAAAAAAGAUCAACCAUCGCUAUUCCCUUCUCACUUGGAGAAGGUCGCUCAGGCACUCACUUCCUCAGAUUCUGAUUAUUGUAACACUCUUUAAACCCCCUCUAGUGGAAAAAGUCGCUGUCAAAUCAGAGUUUUGUGACACAGAUAUUUUAAGCGUCAUGCAGCAAAGUGACAUUAUCUUACAUUUUGCUGGUCUAUUAGUUUCAGAACUGAUAAAACAGUUUUGAAAGAAGGAAUUAUUAGAGCCGAAUAACUGUUGCUUUUAUUUCUAAGUAUAUUAAAACAGGAUUUACAUUGAUGAAGUUGUCUGUUCUGAUUUGGGAUCGUGCCACUAUGCAUGCAGUGGGUACAGCUUUAAAAGAGCAACUACAUUCAGCAACAGCAGCCAUGUUUACUUGAGCAAAAUUUCUUGAUCCAGUUAACAUUUUGAGGGAUCGGAUAAUCUUAAACUUUAUUCAGAUUAGAGGCAUUUGGACAUGUGCAGAGUUGUCUGAUUUCGCUAAAACAACCGCAGAGGAAGAGUUGUAUUUACGUUUGUGCUAUCAACAAAGUAACAAACGCAAUAGUGGCUCACUUGAUCCAAUUCAGGAGUUUUUUCCCUGUUAAAUGUUGUCACUAGAUGGCGCAUUUGCGUACUUAUUUUACUGUUCUUUUAAAGGUUGCACUGUGCGUGCAGAUGUGACAUCAUUACGCUGGAGGAGCAGACACGGCGCAGACGGUUUUGUUUUAUGCCAGAGUGUUAAUAAUGAAACCUCCUGAACUGGCCUCAAUAAAUAAAUAAACCAAAGGCUAAAAAAUGAAGAUCGAGUCAGGCAAGAGAGUCACGAUCGGAAUAAGCAUUUACAUGGACGCAUUUCAGAAUAACAAUCGGUAUAAACCACCCCUCUUGAUCUUUAUCUGGCAUUCAUGCUUACAUGACAAAUUUUUAUUCCAGUUGGGCGUUCAUUCUGAUUAUUUAUGCCUAUUGAAACUCAGCUAGUGUCUUGUUUACCCCAACUUCAAUUCCUUUCUGUCCUUGUCUGUGCAGAUCAGACCUGGAGCUGCAGUUCAAGUGCUACCAUCACGAAGACCGACAGAUGAACACCAACUGGCCGGCAUCGGUCCAAGUCAGUGUAAACGCCACACCGCUCACCAUCGAGCGGGGCGACAACAAAACCUCCCACAAACCCCUGCACUUGAAACACGUCUGCCAGCCUGGAAGGAACACGAUCCAGAUCACAGUUACUGCCUGCUGCUGUGUAAGUCCGAGAAGAAGACGCUACUUAAGCCUGUAGAGGACAAGAUAAGCAAACCAAAAGUUGCUCAUUGAAGCUUUAAAAAGAUGUUUUUGGCUUUGUAAUGAGAGUUGUGUUUUCCUCCUGCAGUCGCACUUGUUCGUGCUGCAGCUGGUCCACAGGCCCUCAGUCCGCUCUGUGCUCCAAGGCUUACUGAAAAAGAGGCUUCUUCCUGCGGAGCACUGCAUCACCAAAGGUACAGAAAUGUCUCCUUUAACACCAGUAUCUUUGCUGUAGUCUCCUCAGUCUCUUACACACUGUUUAUGUCUCUUUUGGAAUCACAGUUAAGAGGAAUUUCAGCAGCGUAGCAGCAUCAUCGGGCAACGCACCGCUCAAUGGAGAGGAUGGCGUGGAGCAGACGGCCAUCAAAGUUUCCCUCAAAUGUCCAAUCACCUUCCGGCGAAUACAGCUACCAGCGAGAGGCCAUGACUGCAAACACGUUCAGGUGAGCGCUAAGGAUAUUUAAGUGUGGGAGACGAAUUUCAAAAUAAUAAUAAUAAUUCACUAGGUUAAUAACGUGUGUUUUUUUUUUUUCCUUUUCUCUUCCAGUGUUUUGAUUUGGAGUCAUAUCUACAACUCAACUGUGAGCGGGGGACAUGGCGAUGUCCUGUAUGCAAGUGAGUGUCCAACUUAAACACAUUACAAAGUUCAUCUAACUGUGAUCCAUGUUAUCAGAACUCUAAGCUUUGACUCUCUUUGCUCCUCAGUAAAACGGCGUUACUAGAAGGACUGGAAGUGGACCAGUACAUGUGGGGGAUCUUAAAUGCCAUUCAAAAGUACGUCAACACCACUCACAAAUCUCUCAUGCUUAAAAAUGCAUUCCUUGUAUUUUAUCUUAAUAUAACCAUUUGAUUUAAUUUGGAUUCACCAGCUCGGAGUUUGAGGAGGUGACUAUUGACCCGACGUGUAGUUGGAGACCGGUUGCCAUCAAAUCUGAAAUUCACAUAAAGGAGGAUCCAGACGGACCACUGGCCAAGAGGUUCAAGACCAUGAGUCCCAGCCAGAUGAUCAUGCCCAAUGUGAUGGAGAUGAUUGCCCAGCUCGGUCCUGGACCGUCACCGUACCCGUUAUUACAAUCUCAGCAAGGGGGCAACAACAACGAAUAUGGCAGCCAAGGUAAGAUACAAACUUCAGAUCAUCAGACAAGUUCAACAAAACACCCGCUGUAGGUGACUCUGACAUAUAAAUGUACUGUCUUUGUUCUCUGUUCCAGGUAACAGUUUUCAGGGGCAUGGGAACUUUGACUUCCCUCAUGGGACUCCCGGUGGUACAUCGAUGAACGACUUCAUGCACGGUCCACAGCUGUCACACCCACCUGACAUGCCCAACAGCCUGAUGACCCAAGAUAAGCCCCUCUCCCACAACAUGCCAGACUCAGUGAGUAUCCUCCUGACAUCAAGGUCAUAAAUUCUGUAUUGUAGUCACUUUUUUAAAAAUUUCCUACUAUUAUAUUUUUUGCAUACUCCACUGUGUUUCUGGUUAAUUUUAAAAGGGUUAUUCUGUUUUGUUUUCAACUUGACUUUAAAAUGACUGAUUUGAAAGUUAAAUGAUAGUUAAAGUACUGUUUUUUCCACAGGGUUCACUAAAAUCAAGACAAAUUGUAAGUUCCUCUCUAUAGAGCUUUAUGUAGAGAAAAAUUUACCAUAUCACCCACUUGAAGAAAAGACAUUUACCACUGUCACAUCUGUUAAAAAAACAGUACCAAAUAGCUGAUUUCUCUAAAUCUUAAAUGUAAACUCCAGCCUUGUUUUGAUAGUUUCCAGUCACAAUACCAAAUUCAAGAGAUCAAUUUUGUCUGAAUUUCUUCUCUGUUUCCACAGAUACCUCACUCAGCCGGCAAUGACCAGUCACACGGUUCUUUGCAGCAGAGCUUACACGCAUCUCCACACCCUGGGAGCCAAUCAGGGCAGCAGCUACACCACAGCGGGCCUCCUCAGCCGUCACGACAAGCUCCGCCUCCUCAGCAACAGCAGCAGCAGCAGCAACAGCAGCAGCUACAGCAACAACAGCCCGGCCCUAACAACCAUCCCCACAGUGACCUGGCCUUCAACCCCUCCAGCAGUUUGGACAGCCAAGCAGGGUCGGACAUGCCAGAGCCAUCUUUAGACGUGAGUUUAUCAUCUUCAUCAUCCUCUUUCUGUUUGGAGUCAGAUCCUGAAUCGUAUGUGUAGAUUAGAUAUAAGGGUUCUUCUGGAGCACUCACCAUAUUUGUUUUGGUGUUUUUCCACCUCUACAUCCACCCCACUUGGUCAGCAUCCAAUUAGCCAAUCAGAUCAGUGCCUCAUUUUACAGCAUUUGCACUUACCCGGGAUUUCCACCGCAUCCGGAAUGGCUCCGAUUUCCGCUGUCCACCAAUUCCUAUCGGAUCCGUUUGUGAGGCGAAUUUCAUGUUGGUUAGGGACAGCAAGAAUCGCAAGAACUCACAAGAACUCGUGGAUUCACGAGCAAUCGUGCAAUAACAAGUUGUCUUAAGCCACACAGGCUAACUAUAUAAGCAGCAACUUCCUUUCCAGCACAGGUUAAUCUGGGUUGAAUUUAUCCGGCAUGCUCGGGCGUCCAGAAAAAAUAGAACUCUUGCAAUCAGCAGAACAGAAAGAAGCCAGUGGAAAUUAACAUAUUAACUUGAACGGUUACGAUCAGCUACGAUCGGCGGAUAUGGCCUUUUCGUAGCCAUUCUGGAUGCGGUGGAAAUUGGGGGUUAGUCAGUUCACUACAUGCAUAAUUGACUCAUUUUUCUGUCUUUCUUCCAGCUUCUUCCAGAGCUUGCUAACCCCGACGAGCUGCUGUCUUACCUGGACCCGCCGGACCUCCCCAGCAAUAGCAACGACGACCUUCUAUCGCUCUUCGAAAACAACUGA